AUGAGGAGGCAGAAAGAAAAAACAAACAAGGUGAGAAUGGUAAUGUUUAAUGUUAUUUUAGCUUUAGGAUAAGAGGGUAUACUAAUCAGUUAAGUUUAAAGGCUAAGAUUGAUCUAUUAGCAAAAUUCCAGCUAUAUAAAUACAAUGUAUAUCGUUCUCCCCACACUUGUUCCACAGCCGAUGUAGCAGGGUUCUGUUUGGUAGCUCUCGUGAGCAAAUACCCUCGCUUCUAGUAAAAAGGUGAGGUUGAGGUUAGAAAGUACUUGCCUCUCUUUUGGAAAUGACAUGUCUUAAUUUUAAUAAUACGUGUUAUAUGUAUUUACCUCUGAUGCUGAAGAGGGUCUAAAAUAGACAGGAACAACUAGUUAUUGUGUGUUUUAUUUUUACGUAUGAAUAAAAUGCUGUAUACCUUCGAACAAUUUGGCAGUCGGCCAAACAAUUCCCAUCCACUAUAAACCGGCGAGCGAAUGAGAGAUACUGCCUCAAAUUUUGUAUUACGACAAUCGUAUUGAACAGCUGAAUCUAUUGUAGAGAGGAAAAGUUUCCGUAAAACUUUCCAACUUCGAAAUCAGGAUCUUGCAAAUUAUGCAUUGUGACAAGGGAUAAGAAUGUUGCUCUGGGAAUAAAUAAAGGAAAUAUGGAUUUGACACUGAAAGGAUAAAUUUUCUCCUACCAUGAGGACAGUGGUAUAAAUAUUCAGCUAAAGAUUUCGAAGCUAUCCGGUACUAACUAAAAUUUUCAAUGUUAUAUGGAAAAAACGAAAAACUGAAGAUCUAUUAACUUUCGACCAGAUGGCAGUUUCAGCGAUAUUACUGAAGUUUUUUCAGUACCAUGCAUCGUAGGUCCACAUUUAUUUAGUUCACAUGUUUGCAUCAUACCCGCAACAUUCACCACCAUUAGCCUCAUCUUGAAAUUGUAAACUUAUGAUAACAAUCAGCUGAAAAUAGUACUUAUGUGCAAUCAGUGAAUAUAUAAAGAAUUUUGUUCCCAAACGAGGCUUGGAUGACGUGAAUAUUUGCUAGUUCUCGCUGAAGGUAGACACGUAUGGCAAUAUAUAGGUAGGUUACUAGUAAACUGCCUUAGGUUGUCAGUCAGGCCAAGACACAAACUUAUAGGAGGAAAUUAACAGAUGUAGAAUAUAUUAUUAAUUACAGACAAGAUGGUAUCUUAGAUACUGUAACAGUAGAAGUUUUCAUGUUUUGUGAACAAUAUGGUAUUUAAAAUUAAACCUUCAACAUUACCAAAUUUAGAACCUAGUAAAAUCAUUCAAAACCACAAGAUUUUCAAAAUGCAUCACUGAAGAUAUGAUCAAAAGGCCGUCCUAAAGCUUACAACGUUUUGCAUUAAUUUUAAGAUGGCGUUAACUUUUAGAAUUACUGACCGGGAGCCUGGCAAGGCGUUGCGUAGAGGAAGAAAAUUUAGCAGAUGUGCCAAAAGAUUUAAAAAAAAUUAGAGAAAUCUUAGAGCUAACCAAAUUAGCUAAAUAUUAUAAAAUGAGCACUUUUAAAGAGGAUCAGUAUUUUCACAAGACAAGGGCCGAGAACUUUGAAUAAUCAUCAAAUGGUACGCAUGCUCUAUUUGUUCAGUGCCGGCAUAUAUUUAAGGCAUAUAUAGCGAUCAGUAAUUACCUUGCAGUAUAACUGUUAACCUCGCAUAACAAUUCAUAAUCACCGUUUUCUAAGUCAAGGACCCUGGAGAAGGUUUUAAAUUCAAGGUAUCCAGAUUAAGGUUUCAUCCACCCUCAAGUACCCUCCCUGCGUUGAUCGGCGCUAGCGCUUUUGCUUUUAAUAAAUACCCCCAUAAACCGUACAUUUUAUGAAAGCUUAAUAGUUCCAGAUUAUUGCUUAUUCCUUUUAAAAAAUCAAAAUAUUAACACGAUUCAGAAAUGAGAAGCUUUUUGUGAAAGUGGGUGUCACUGUAAAUUUAAGUCCAGGCCAGCCAAAAAUAAACGGAAGAAGCCAAUUAAGAUCGCAUUCGCUUCUUAGCACGUGUCUCAGAUUUUUGUUAAGCGGGUUUGUUCUUUUGUUAUAAGCAGUUGAAGUUAGGGAUAGCAAAUCAUUAGCACUACCUGUGAAAAAAUACUCUUACUGAAAAAAUAUCGUUACGGGUUGCCGACUUGGAGUUUAAAACGUACCCUCAACUUGCCCUGAUUUUCAUUUCCAGAAAACAGGGGGAAAAGAUUUUUGGCGGCGUAUUACCUGUGACGAGAUUAUAACAGAUUAUAACACCAAAGCUGUCAGUGUUGAUACAUACCAGAAAAGGGACAACAAUAGUGACACAGCAGGAAAAGGUUACAUACAAAACCCGACAAGAGAUGAACAAUUUAUUUCAAAGGCUCUGCUCUGUUCGAUCCUUCUCAACCUCGUUCCCAGGGUUCUCUCCUACCCGCCCUACGGAGCGGACCCGUAGGGCGGGUAGGAGAGAACCCUGAGAACGAGGUUGGAUCCUUCUGUUGUCGAGAAAGCAUCUUUAGUUAUUUGCGACUGGCAGUUUUCAUUUUGAGCCAAGCCAACUUUUACUCGAUACAUUUUCUAAAAGUUCGACACUUCCCUGGAAAAAUCGCCAACAAACCGCUUCCUGGAGUGUUUUCUUGAAGCUGCUCUCCCGCUACAAUAGACUUUCAAAAACGUCCUUCGUCCGAUGUUUAUAUGGCGCGGGACCUGUCGCGAAUUUGUCGCUCGCUUGGCCGCUUCGCGGCGUAAAAAGCUCGCUCCGCUUGUUAAGAAACUCGUGAAACUCGAUUUUGCGGCAGUUUCAAUGGGUUUUCAGAAGCUUUGUCACCUUUUAACCAUUUUUGUAGAUUGUAGUAGGAGCAAGAGAGGAUAAAGGGGACAGAGAAGGCAUCCCCCAUACACACCUAAUUCCAUAGGUAAUUCGUCUCGAGUUAUUUUUAGAAUAGGGAUAAAGUUACCUCGCACGCUGCGUGGAUGUUUCGUGGAGGUUUCUCAUGAAAGCGUAAAGAGAUCGAGAACCUGGGAAAAGGGAAUCGCUAGACUCUUUGACAACCCGUGAAAUCAGUUUAACUCGAAGUUGUCGUAACCUCAGUGCUUUAAUAAAGUGAGAAAUUUCGCCGGUCUAUUGAAACCGGUCUUUUGUACAAUAAAGCAAGUAGGACGCCAAGUGUUAUUUUUGUUUAAUAAUAAAAGACUAAUGAAAGAAUAAAUAUCAAACCAGAAAUUGCUCUCUACAAACUGUAAAUUAUAAAUGAUCCUGAGAGAAUAUUCAGUGUGUUAAGGAUUUCCCUGCUGUACUGUUAGCUCUAUACAAGAGAGGAAGGGCGAUUCUUUUUUAAUUUCCAUUUCGCUGACACCGCUUUAGUAGAAAUCUCUCUUUAGUCGUUUUCGUCGACAAAACGAAUAGCAAUAUCGCUCUCCGCGUCUUCCACCAUUUUUUUUGUGCGUCAAUUCGUGAAGGACGCGUGGCUCUGAGCGUGGGUCAUCCACGGGGAACAUAUUCGCGCUAUGUGAUUGGCUGUAAUCCCCCUUGGGAUCUGUGGUCUUAAAAAUAAGUCGAGACGAAUUACCUAUGGAAUAGGGUGUGUAUUGGGGAUGCCUUCUCUGUCCCCUUUAUCCUCUCUUGGUAGGAGCCCACUCUCUGAUUUCGAAGCCCACACUUUGCAAAACGAUUUUGUCGUCUUCUUUCGUCUCGGAGUCAAGGGCGAAAGCGGACAAACUCUUUUUUCUUCUUUGGAGGCACUCACUUUCAAAAUCCAGGGGUAAACAGUGAGCACUAUACUUGUAGACCACGAUUUCUGUCAAAUUGCGUGAUUAGCUUGGUUCAACAGCGGCAUACGUAUCAAGUAUGACAGGACUUGUAAACGAGCAAUUAAAAUAAUUAGCAUGUAAAAAAACUUUUGCGCUCCACAAGUCUGCACAGAAAAAACAUUUUUUCCUGGAAUUUUUUUAAAAUGAAAGCUCUUGAUGAGCUCUACUUAAUCAUCUAAAAAUUGAAAAUUUCGAAAAAUGACGAUUUUCUUGCCCUGGAUGAUACCUUAAUUAAAAAAUCGCCAUUUUUUAGUUUUCUUUUAAUUUGAUAGCAUUUUAAAAUUUAUUCUUCAGCUGGGUUUACUAUGCAGGUGAUCCUAACAUCCAACGUCCUCUGCUCUUCGCUAGACGAGAAGAGCGUUUAUCACGUAGAACAUAAGACACAUUUGAAAAAAAAUCAGACGAAAGUGCUCUCUAAAAGCUAAUCAGCUCUACCGUAGUUCUUUUGAAGAACACUGAAUCGUUAUUGAACGCAUUUACCUUGUCCCAUAAGUAAAUAUUUGUUGUAAUUUAAAAUUGUUAAUUGUCAAAAUUUUGUAAAUUUGUCAUUCAAUAUUGAAAUUUUUAAUUUCAGAAAACUGAAACUAGCAUGCUCAGUACGCCCGCUGCUGUAUAGCUUCUCGAAUUUUAAUCAAUUUAAUUAAAAUUCGUAUACUUUUUGACGAUUCAUGGUCACGUGAUGUAGCUAAGAGGCAUAUAAACGUUUAUCCUACGCACAAAGUAGUUGGUACAUGACUUACGUACCAAAUUUUACGAGUUGCGUCAGGUGACAUUGUGAAUUAUAAUGUAGAUCAUCAAAUUUUCAGCGAGGAACUGAAGCUUGAAUACGCAGUAAUAAGGACUCUUACUAUUUAUUUUGCAGAAAGGCGCAAUUGUGUCAAGGGCAAAAAUGUUCCAAGCGAUAAACGACGAAGAUAUUAACGCUCUCCAGGAAAUUCUGAAAGAACAGAGUUCACAGCUCCACAAUGCAAGAACGGUAAAUAUGUAACAAUUCCGCUUAGAUCUGACCUAGAACUAGAUACUAGAAAUUAUCCAAAAGCAAGGUCUGAAAUGAAUUUCUUCUCGAGUUGUUUACAUAUACAUAACUUUGGAUAAUUUUUCUGAACGACCUAUAUUAGCAAGCGGCGAGAUAAAAUUGAUAGUUUAAUUGGAAUUCUAACCUUUGCAGAAUGUUACGUGAGGAUUUAUUACAUAGCAGUGUAAAACUACCAGCAAACAACGAUAAGAUGAUAUUUGGCGUUAACGAUGCAACGUUUUGUUUCGCAGUAAAGCAGGUGUACUUAUGGACAAAUAACUGUUUUAUGGUAAACGUUAAAGAACUGAAUGACAUAGGGACUUCUUUCAAUUAAAGCCUUGAAUGCUUUUAUCAUUAUUUUCAAAGCAGCAUUGAAAACUGAGUUUCACUGUUUUUACUGUGCUAGUCAAAUAAUGGCUUUCGUGAAUGAAGUCAUGGCAUUCGAGCAAUGAUUUUUGGUUUUCGCUUAAAAUCAACUGCCUGCCGAGUUCCUUAAGUUUCAUAUCUUUCUUUUUCUUUUUUAAUUAUUAUUUUCUGUUUCUGGUGAUGGAUAUUGUGAUUCAAUGACCCUUUUUUUCUAUAACAAAAGUAACCGUCUGUUGAACUGCAGUGAUCAAGCAGGUUUAAUUCACCAAUUACUUGCCACUAAAGUCGUUUUACUAGUUGGGUGUCUAGAAAUCUGCCGUUUGACAAAGUCGACUUUAAGCAGUUUUAUCUCCAAAGACAUUUUUUAAUUUUCAAUUACCGUUGAUUUAAUUUUUAAGGCGCAAACAUGUUUAUCUUUGUGUCAAAUUUCGUAAUUAAUUUAGCGCUGUUGGGAUGACAUUUAUCGCGUUAAUUUUCCAUUUUUUGCAAGUAUGUCCAUCAGCUUAACCGCACAACGACGUCUGCAACUCCUACUCGAUCAGGUGGCUUGAAUGAUACAUGUUUCAGUUGACAAAAAAAUUUCUUUUUUUUAAAUAUCGUUGAAUAAAUAAGAUGCCUAAAAAACGGGUUAAAGGUUUUUUUCCUUCGAACGCUAUACCCUAGACUCACGACAAAAAAAGACUUCCAGAAACUUGGGUCAUAAGAUAGUUAGCAAUUAUUGGAUGAGGCUGAGUUCAAUACGAACAAUUAUGCAGCUGCGGAAAGUUUUCUCUACCAAGGCCGAAGGAUAAGGCGGAAAAAAAUCAAUCUCAUUGAUCUGCAUAAUUUUUCAUAUCAUACGAAAGCUGAAUCUAUUGAUUAUUUUAUUAUUCGUUCAAAUUAUUUCUAACUUAAACAAACACGCCAGCCUCGAUGAUCUACAUAUAUGUUCCUGUCCAGUUUUCAUAUUUCACGGAAGUUUUGGUAUGUUCAGUUUAUUCUUGCAGACAUUCUUCCAAUAAUAAUAAUAAAUAAAUAAUAAAUAAUAAUAAUGGUUUAUUAACAGUAUUUCCAUAAAAAAUGGCUCUACAUCUGCUAAUAAAAUAUAUUGUGAAAUAAUUCAUUAAUUCCGUAUACAUUAUUCAGGAGCAGAAAUGUGCGUGGCAAAAAAACUGACAGAGUAGCUACCUAAGUAAACUAACUACCUAACUGUGGUUAAAAACUGAAUUUGGAACUAUAGUAGUAUAUUACUCCUCUUUACUUCGCUCUUUUAAAGUAUUGAUGGUCUGUUUAGAAAAAGACCCAAAAUUUGUACGAGAUUGGACAAGAGCAGGUAGGGAGUUGAAAAGUUUGGACGCACAGUCCUGGAAGGUAUUCGUUUCCAGCAGUGUUGGCUAGGUUUAUUGUCUCACUAGAGCGUAUAGUGUCCUUGAGUGGCUAAUAGUUUCUCAUUUCGUAUUUCUUGGCCAGUAUUCAUGGUACAAAGCCUUAUGAAAAAAAUACAAGAUCCUGUUCAGCGUGGAAAAUAAAAAUAGGUUCUUAUACGAAAAUAUCAAUCCGCAAUUUUGAUGGUCAAAAUUCUAGAUUUUAAUUGUGUGAGAAACUUCCGACAAAAAGUUAUUGUGUAUGUUCUUUGAUUAACAUUUGUGUGGAUUUUUACUAGAAAUAUGUUUUCCAUAAAGCUAGAGUGCAAUAUAGACGAUAUAAAAUCUAAAUAUCUUAUAAAAUAAAAUAUCGAAAUGUAUUGAGUCGACGUUCUACUUGGACCUUGACUGAAUUAUCAUCAACCAAUAUGUGUUAGACUUAGUGGUGCAAUAUUUCUGCCAAUGGUUACACCACGACAACCUCUGAAAAUUAAGAACGUACUGAGAACCUAAUCAGACUACCCUAAAAUAUAAGAACCUGUUCAGCCUGACCUCGAAAAUUCUAGGUUCUUCUAAGCGGGUUUUUACUGAUUAGUGGACAUGGGUUUAAGGAAACAGGCCAUUUGAUAAAAAGCUUAGACAUAAGCGCGGCAAUUAGUUGGUAAACUAUGAGACCACCUUUUAAAAUUAGCGAGUGUCACGGAUUUAGACAUUUUUAUCUCCAAAGACAUUGCUUAAUUUUCAAACAAACAUGUUUACAUUUGUGCCAAAUUUCGUAAUUAAUGUAGUGCGGUAGAGAGGACAUUUAUCGUAAUGAUUUUUCUUUUUAAAGUAUGUCCAUCAGCUUAACCGCGCAACCUUGUCUAAUGAAAACUCUCACUCGAUCAAGCGCCUUGAAUGAUACAGGUUUCAGUUGACAUUUAAAAAAAAUGGCUUUUCUCUUUUUAACUUUGUUAGAAUGAAUAAGAUGCUCAAAAAACCCGCUUCACUCUCAGCUUUUCCUUCUAACGCUACGCCCUAGACUCACGAUGAAAAGAAAGCCCCGAAAAACUUGAGUCGAUUAUAUUGGAUGAGGCUGAGUACCAUAUGAAGAAUUCUGCAGAUAAAGGAAGGUUUUAUCCACCGAGGCUGAAGGCGGUUUAGUAACCUCAGAGAUCCGCACAAUAUUUCAUAUCAUACGGAAGCCGAAUCUCAGCGAUUAUUUUAUUAUUCAUUCAAAUUAUUUCUAACUCCAACUAACACCCUUUCCUUGCAGACCGUUUGUUAAAAAAACUUUAACACUGGACAUAAGCAUGGAAUUAAUAAGUUCGUGAACUAUGAGACCGCCUUUAAAACAUGAUUAGCGAAUGUCAUCUUCGUGUUUAGGUAACCGUGGCAGAAUAAGCUCAGUCGGUAAGAGCGCUUACUGCAGAGUGGGAGGUCGCGGAUUAGGGGCCGGACAGAUACUCAGGUCCUAAACUACUAACUGAGAAAUGAAAGUACUCCCUUUGCACUGCAAGUGGCUAGACGUUCGCGUGGCUCCGAUAACCACGUAAAAUGACGAUCCCGUCUCCCGCCUCUCAAUUCGAGACGUAAAAAUAGUGACCCCAAUUAGUACUUUAGUAUUAGUACUCUAUUUUAAAAAGUGCAUAACUUAAGGUAUUCAUCAUAAGACAAACAGUUUUUAUUUUUAUUUCUUAUAGGAAGAAGGGGAUUUUGCAUUACACGUAGCAGCUCGUGUAAGAAAUACUGAAAUAAUUAAACAUCUGAUGGAGAGCGGAGCUAAAGUUGACUUACAAAAUGUUAGUACAUUUAGAAAGAGGAUAGAAAUUGGAAAAAGAAUAAGUAGAUGGUUAUGAUAGACCGUUAUAUAGUUUAAUUCUAGUCAGGAGCCGAUAUUAUAGUAUAAUUUUAGGCAUAGCAACAUUAGAAGUUCAUCUAUUUUUUAUCAUCAUUUUAUGGAUUAGGAAGUAUAUUUAAUAUAUAAUUAUCCGGCAUCAAACAGCUUACUAGUUCGACCUCGAAGGUUUAUCCGCUGACUUCCUGUCACCUUGAUGACGCCCAGGGUUUUACUCAGCUAAAACAAAGAUAGCAUUAGAUGUUUGAAACUUCGGGUAAUUAACAUGUAAUGAAAGUUGUUUUACAGCUUAUAUCAAAUUGUUACUGCCAAACGGUACACUGCGAAAAUUUUGUAGCGCUUAAAUAACAUCUUACUUGUUUUUUUUUUGUUUUUACACUAAAAACAACUCGAAACAAUCAUUAUGCUCGGGGACAAUAUUGUAAAUCGUAUUCAGAUCAUCACAAAAGGACAUCAAAAUAACUUACUCCCCCCCCCCCCCACCUCACUACAUAUUGUUACGAUAUGUAAAUUACUGAAUAUAAAAUCCUUGCGAUAUGUAAAUUUUUAAAAGAAUCUUUGGAUGUGUUAUUCCCUUGGGUCGUGGAUAUAAGGAACUUGGUUUUUAAGUCGGUGUGUUAGUUUUCUGCAGUUAGCUGUUUAAUAAAGACUUUAAACAUGGUGUCAGGAGAAAACUAAAGCAAAAUCCAUGAUGAGCGAUCAAGAGAAUCAAGCCUCAACGACAAGCUCGACUUCAGGAACUACUCUCUCCUCCGCAGAUCGGCUCCAGCAUCGUUCCCCGCGCGCUCUCUUUUUCUUUCUCCCCAGCCUCCCCACAACACAAAGAGGCCUCUGCGGAGGAGAAAGCUGGGACUACAAAUACAGUGCCGGUAGCAAGCGCAUCAAGUCAACCGUCGAUAUCUUCUUUAUCCGGGUCUUUACCGAGUGGAAUACCGAUGCCCAAACCUUUAAAGCUAGACAACGUUGCAGUUAACUGGAAGAAAUUUAAAAGAGCUUGAGAUAAUUACGCUGUAGUUGUGAGGCUCCAGCGAUUUGGAGAAGAGUACGAGACAGCGACAUUUCUUUCUGCGAUCGGUGCUUGAAAUUUACGAAGGCAUGACUUUGGAACCUCCUGAAAGUUCGAAAAUGCUCAACUCUGUUGUUCCGAAAUUCGAAGAAUUCUGCAUCGGCAGACUAAUGAAACGUUCGAGCGCUAUGUGUUUGACUCCAGGUCACAGAAAGAAGUCAAAAGUAUCGAUCACUUCGUCUCAUCGCUAAAAAGUGGCCAAAUCGUGUAAUUUCUGUUCAGGUUUACAAGAUUCACUAUUACGCGAUAGGAUUGUGUUUGGUCUCAAAGAGCCCCCUCUGAGAAAGAAGCUACUGCAAGAGAGGCAUCUCACCCUAGAAAAAGCGAUCGACAAUCGUAAAAGCGGAGAUUCAACAGCUCAGCAUUUAAAGGAUCUCGCGGAAGCAUGGGAUACAAGUGAGAUACACGCUUUGAAACAGCGCCACGAAAGGAAACCAGGAGUGCGUAGCUCAAAAGGUGCGGAGGAACUCACCAGCUCAAACGGGGAAAAUGCCCUGCUUAUGGCAAAACAUGCGGAAAGUGUGGAAAGAGCGAUCAUCUUGCGAAAGUUUGCAUGCAGCGUGGACGAGAGAAAAAGCUUGGCCCCCGCAGACCAGUUAACAGUGUUUGGGGAGUAUUCUAGCGACUCCGGCGAAUCCCUGUUUACGUUUCGAUUAGCUCCGGGAGUUGAGUCAGUGCACGCUGUACAGACUACCGUUCCUUCUAAGAUCAAUACAGCAAUGAAGAUUAAGGGUGGACCGGCAAUUGGUUUCCAAGUCGACACCGGGGUGACAUGCGAUGUUCUUAAGUUGAGUGCGAUCAAGGAAACAUAAUAUGUGAACGCAAUCAGCCAACCAAUAAAGUCCUCUAGAUGUACAAUGCCCCUACCCUCAGACCACUUGGAAAGUGUAAGGGUUCAACUGACAAACCCCGUGGAUCAGAGGAAGCUCAAAGUGACCUUCACCAUCGUCAAAGAUGAGCCCUGUGUCAACCUGAUCGAGAGCAGGACCGUCCAGCAGAUGCAGUUAAUCACCGUCAGGAAUGACGAGAUUAAGUCUCCGUGUCCCAAGACAGCUGAUCACGCGUCCAAAGCAAACUUGAAUGCGGCAAGUACCCAAACGUUCAAAGGGAUUAAUCUUGAACAAAUUUGCUCUGAGUUCGAAGAUGUCUUCGAAGGUCUUGGUGAUCUUGGAAACCCGUUGCAGCUCUUAGUCGAUAAAGAUGUUAGGCCCGUUCAGCAGCAAGGGAGAACAGUUCCCGAGGUCAUGAGAAAGCCACUGAAAGAGUACCUUGAUGAUCUUGAAGCUAAAGGUGUCAUAGAGAAAUUGGAGAGACCUACUGAAUGGGUGAACUCUGUUAUGAUUGCAAGGGAAGCUGACGGCAAGCUCCGCCUUUUCCUGGACCCCAAGUCUUUGAAGAGAUGCCAUUAAAUAGAUGUCAUUUUCCAAUGCAAGUGAUUGAGGACACUCUACCAGAAUUGGGCAAAGCGAAAAUUUUUACAUAAGUACAUUGGAAGGAUGGUUACUGGCAGAUAAAGCUUACAGAAGAGACUUCUUUGCUCACAACGUUUGCCACACCUUUUGGCCGAUGCAAAUGGAAUCGAACGCCGCUUGGAGUUUCGUCCCCCGGUGAGAUAUUCCAACAAGCCUAUAUGAAGCAGUUGAAGGCCUGGAUGGAGUGUAUACGAUAGCAGAUGACAUCCUUGUAACUGGUACUGGAGACACGAUGCAGGAGGCGAUAGUUGAUGACGAUCGCAAGAUUAAAAAGCUUUUGGAGAGAUGCCGUAAGGGUAGCAUUAAGCUAAACGAACGUAAGGUGCCUUUUAAGCAAACAGAGGUACCCUACAUUGGCCAUUUACUAACCUCAAAAGGAGUGAAAGGAGACCUGUCCAGAAUUGAUGCACUACUUGUGUCUGGUGUUCAGCGCAUUAUGGGGACCUUGAAUUACCUGGCAAAGUUCCUGCCGAGACUGUCCGAAGUCUCAGAGCCUCUCAGGCUGCUAACAAGAAGAAAUCCAUGACAGAGCAUUUGAUAGGAUCAAGGAGAUGGUGACAGCUCCACCGGUGCUGAAGUACUGUGAGCGAGAGAAGGAUCUAGUCAUUCAGUGUGAUGCAAGUGAUGGGGGUAUUGGAGCCGCACUAGUCCAGGAUGGUAGACCGGUAGCAUAUGCAGCAGAGCCCUUCCGGCUGAAAAGAACUAUGCUCGGAUAGAAAAGGAGCUUCUUGCUAUUGUGUUUGCAACUGAAAGGUUUCACCAGUACACCUAUGGGAGGCAGGUGAUUGUUGAGUCAGACCAUAAGCCUUCGAGACGAUAUUUACCAAGCCACUGGUGUCUGCCCCAAAGAGGUUUCAGAAAAUGAACUUGAGAUUGCAGCGCUACGAUCUAGACGUGCGAUACAAGAAGGGAAAAGAGCUGUACCUUUCAGAUACCCUAAGUCGGCAUUUUUCAAGUUGACAGAAACCACUAGAGAGCACAGGGAGCAUGUCCUGUUAACCAGAUCAGCCUUUGAGGUGGGAAUUUAAGUUGAGCAAGACAUUCAAGAAAUAAUGAAUGAGCUAGUGAAUGAGCCACUCCUAGUGAAUCCGCUCCUAGUGAAUGAGCGCGAGGCAGAAAUGUUCCGCGUAGGGACUAAGAAUGAUGACGACUUCAAGCUGUGAUGGUUGUAGUGCGGUCUGGGUGGCCAGCGGACAAGAGACAGUUAACUCCAGCAGUGGCGAUGUACUACGACAUCCGUGAUGAAUUAGUGAUCUUAGAUGGAUUGUUCUUUAGAGAAGACAGGCUCAUAAUCCCCAAGACCCUUCGGAAGCGCAUGCUCCAGGCACCACACUCUGGUCAUCAAAGGAUAGAAUCGACCCUAAGACGCCCAGAGAAAGGAUUUACUGGCCAAACAUGAAGAGUGAUGUAAAAUAUUUUACUUCCAGGUGCGAAACACGUACGACAUAUGGUUCCAGACAGCAGAAGGAGACACUUAUAAGUCAUGAUGUUCCCGAUCGCCGUUGGGCGAAAUUUCAAUAGACCUGUUUGAGUUAAACCACAAGAGUUACAUGUUGACAUCCAGUAGAUUACUUUUCGAGUUUCGUCGAAGUUGACAGGUUGUAUGACCCGAAAGUCUCUACUGUGAUUGAGAAGCUGAAGGCGAACAUUGCUCGAUAUGGCAUUCCUGACGAAGUGGUAUCAGACUGUGGUUCACAGUACACUAGUCGAGAAUUUAAAGCCUUCACCAGGGAGUACGGAUUCAAACACGUGACCACGAGUCCAGGCCAUCAUCAAUCUAAUGACCACGCGGAGUCUGCCGUCAAGGAGGCACAGAAAAUCCUCAAAAAAUCAGGAGAAUCCAGUAGUGAUCCCUACCUGGCGCUGUUGGCUCAUCGUAACACCCCACAGGAAGUAUUUGGUAGCCAGCCCUGCCCAGCGUAUGCUAAGUAGAAGAACAAAGACAAAUAUCCCUUUUUCUAGUAACUUAUUGAGACCUAAUUUAGCUAAGGGAACUCAAGAGAAAGAUAGGUUGCGGAAAUUGAAGUACAUCAGCAAAGGCCCUGUCUGAUCUUCAAACGAAUGAUGUUGUUCCGAUGCAACCCUUUUCGCUAAAUGAGAAAAAGUGGAAAAAGGCGAAGGUUGUGAAACCACUUGAGAGAAGAUCCUUUGUGGUGGAAUCGGGUGGUCCGCUCUAUAUCAGAAAUCGGGGAUACCUGAAACGUUCUGCGGAAGCUGAUAGCCCACUAGCUGAGGAAAGCCAACGUCCUUGGAGUCCGAUGAUCAGCCAGCUGUGGAACGGAUGGCAACAACCAGUAUUAACCAACCCCCUGUCUACCACUGUGGUGAGCGAGGACCAGGCCCCUACAGGGAACAAUGAUCAAUCAAGCAGAACAACACACCCAAUAGUCAUGCCCUCCAGCCAACAAGCGUCGCCUAAGGGUAGUGAGAGCCAAGUCCGUACGAGAAGUGGGAGACUGGUCAGGCCACCUAAUCAUUUAAAGAACUGUGUCGCUUUAAAAGGGACAAACAAGUGACGUUUAAGAACUGCAAGCGCAUAGAGGAACUGAUUGACAUUGUAUUUCUGUUGUUUUGUUUUGAUUUGAUUGUUUUUUCUUUUUUUUUGUUUUUGUUUUUGUUUUUUUUGUUUUUUUAGGGAAGAUGCUACGAUAUGCAACUUGUGAUAAAAUCCUUACGAUAUUUAAAUUUGUAAAAGAAUCUUUGCCAUGUGUUAUUCCCUUGGGUUGUGGAUAUAAAGAAGUUGGUUUUUAAGUCGAUGUGUUAGUUUUCUACCGUUAGCUGUUUUAUAAAGACUUUAAAAACAUACAACACGUCCUUGAUGUUUUAUUGUAUUUGACUCAAAUUGUCAAUCAAUAUACUGCGUUUUUUUUAUAGAGAGAAUGUCAGACUGCACUUCAUAUUGCUGUAUACAACGAAGAUGAGGACAUGGUGAAUUGUCUUCUCGACCAUGGUGCCAAAUACGAUAUACCGGACAAAGUAAGUUAAAGAUAAUUUGUUGAAGUUAGGUUAUAACACUUUUGUUUUCUAGAAAGAAAGUUGCCUGAAGACAAGUUUUGUGCUUCGUUUGUCCGAGUACUCUCAGAUGGUGCUUCGUAGACGGAACCCUCUACAUGCAGUUAAUUAAAUAUUAUUUACUGCGCUUUAAAAUUUACCCUCUCUGUCGCUACAAAAGAAUAUAUUACCCGCGCCCAAUUGAACAGUUAAACAGUUGAUCGGGAAGGAAUGGAACGUGCCUGUACCGAAAUAUCACGUGUACAACUUUAAACCUUUUGACUAUGUCCAGUUUUAACCACUUGAAGUAAUUCAUCGGCAAACUUGCCAUGUCUCAUUUCCAAAGCAACAGUCUACGGUCUGUUGACGGAGACGGGAAUUUUUUUCGCAGUUAAACCAAUGUAAGACGAAUCAGUCUCCUCAAAGUAUUAAAAGGUAGUUUUGCGAUACUGAAUUAAUAUUGAACCAGUUUUGAUCCGGUCCUCUACUGGCACAAUGGUGGAUCUGAGAUGUUGCUCCUUUAAAAUCAUGACUUCAUCAACUCACAUGGACUUAACUUGCUAAACAUUGUUAUUCUUGUUCGUAGAUGCCAUAUACGCUAGGUCCCGAUGCUCUAAUACAUUUAGAAUUAUAACUUUGUCGACUGGGUUGGUUAUCAAGCUUGUUUUAUUUUUUUUCCUUGCUCUGUUUGGUUGAAUCUCUAAUGAGUAAAGAUAAACGACUUCCUCUUUGUUACUUUUAGGACGGAGUGACAGUUGAACAACUUGCCUCAACUAUGGGAAAAACAGAAAUUAUAGAGAAGCUUCAGAAUAUAACAUUAGCAAGACCCGUUAUAGUUGCACCGGAAGUAAGUACAAUGAGUGCAAAACCUUAACAAAUCCUCUGUUAAAGUAGUUCUCCUGUAAAAAGACACUGAUAUAAGUCUUUCAAAAAGAUUUCUGUAGCCGGUCAUGUCAUUUCAGUCUUGGGUGCGUGUGGUGGACUCUAGAGUUAGUAGUAGUAUGGAAACUGAUCAGGCUGCUUCAUCGCUUUCUUGGCUGUAUAUUCAGGUGGUGUUUGUAAGAGCCACAAAGCCUGGUUAUGUUGAAUCAAGAAAUCAUAAACUCAGUACAAAUCACAAUCAGCUACUAUAAUUACGUUUAUUUUCCGCGCCUGCUAUUAAAGCCCCUUUUAUGUCAAAAAAUAACUAAACAAGUUAUAACCUAGGUUUCAAAAAUUUUUAUACGAUAAUUUGAACGCAAACUGUUUUACAGACAUCUGAUCUCUUUAACGUAGAACGUUGCUGAGUCACUUUUGCAAGCCGUCAGAUCUGAAGACGUGAAAGCAGUCUCGGACCUCUUUGAUUUUGGAUUAUUGAAUGAAGAUGUACAUGAGGAGUGUAGAACGGUAUAGUUCAUUCCUUUUUACAGACAAGUUUAAAGUUUUUGCACGUUUGUUUUUGUUGCUGGAUACUUGUCAAUUUAACUUGACAGAAAACUUUAUAAUGAAAUGUUUUUUUUAAUUAUCAACAGGAAAAUGGUGAUACAUCUUUACACAUUGCAGCGAGGUUAAAAAAUAUUGAAAUUUGCCGGACGUUGAUAACUAGUGGAGCAAAAGCAGAUGAGAAAAACGUGAGUUUGUUAUACAUUUAGGACUACCCUUCCAUUUUGGCAGAUAAUGUUGUUCUCAGUCAAUAAGAAACGCUUAAUCGCGCACCUUUGUAAACCGCUGCCGGCAAAGACUAGGAAUUUGGCGGUUUUCAAUCAAACUCCUCUAAAUAGGUGAUACAAAUCAACACAAAUGUGCUUAGAAUACUGAGAGAAAAUAAUAACAAUAAUAAUAAUAAUAAUAAUAAUAAUAAUAAUGGUUUCCUAACAGAUCCACUGGGUGGGCUCAAUUACAAUUAAGAAUAAAUUAAAUUAAGUUAUUUACAAAUUACGCAAUAUACAAUUAAAAGUAGAAGUAGGAUUAACAGAAUCGAAAUUACAGUAAAACUAAUCACUCUGUACUCUGUUACAUAAAAAAUUUCUUGAACGUUUUAAAAAGUUUCUGUAAUCUUUACAGUUUCUAAUAGUUUCUGGUAGAUUUUUGAAUAGUUUGGAUGCAUUAUCUUGGAAAGUGCCGUUUUUGGUUGGGACCACUAAUCUAAUUGAAUUACUUGAGCGUAUUUCCUUGCGGCAUUCCUGUUUUAUUAUUUUAAGAUAAUCUGGCCAAGUCUCAGUGUUAUGCAAAGCUUUAAAACAUGAUUUCAGAAGGUUCGAAUCUCUUCUCUCAUUGAUUGGAAGCCAUCCGAUUUUAAGCACAUCCCGAAAGUUCUAACAUAGUGACCGAGUACAAAACUUGCGGCAGUAAAUUGAACUCGUUGCAAACGGCGAAGCAAGAAUUGUGGUAGAGGGUAAAAAACCAGAUCAGCAUAAUCUAGUUUUGACAAAAUCAAUGUUUCUGCUAGUUGCUUUAUAAGCUCAUAUUUGGCGAGAUAUUUCAGUUUUCUUAGUAUUGAUAGAGUGGCGUAGCAUCCAGAUAGCGUAUGCUUGAUGUGAUCGUCCCACUUAAGAUGUUGAUUGAUGUGAACUCCGAGCAGUUUGCAAAAUUUAAUACUUCUAGUUUAGAACCACUGACUGUGAUGUUAGGAUCAUACUCGUCAAGGUGAUGUACUCUGGACAUUUGCGGGGUGGAUGGGAUCAUAACCUUGCUGUCGUUGUUAAAGGCGAGGGUACUCUCCUCAGACCAGACAUUUGGUUUAUUAAUUGAUUGGUAGAUAGUGUUUCUAUAAUUAUUUAGGUCAGAUUUUUUGACAUGAUCGUAGAUUGUUUUAGAGGUUUAGGUGUCCUGAUGUGUUAUCCUUGAAAUAUUCUGGUUUUGUGAGGUAAUAAAAUAUAUCAUGAUCUUGGUUCCUUGGUUGUGAAGUGAAUGCAACUCAUUUGAUCUCUAAUGAAUUAAUCCCCCACAGGUUGAUGGGAAUACUGCCCUACAUAUAGCAGCUGAGCUAGGUGACAUAUCUCUUGCACGAUUCCUGAACAGUGUGAAGGCCAAGGCCAACGUGAUUAAUAAUGUAAGGUUUUAAAAUUUUCCUUUUAAUAAGAAAUGUUAUACGUUUCUCAACAAACAUGAGAGAGGAAGGAGAUGCUUAGGCCCAAAAUCUUGGACAGGCUAAUUAACAUUUAUAUCCUACGCCUCAGAGAAGUUGUAAGAGUAACUAUCAAACAAAAGAAACGUGAUUAUGACAGGCUGUUGUUUGUGAAAGUGAUAAUGAUCAAGAAAACUUAGGGGUCUGCAGCAGUUCCCAGGGAGCGGUUUGAAUGCAGUACUGUGUACUGAGGGCAAAUGAUUCAGAAAACGGAGACAUCUCAUUGCGACUUCAUCCCAAGUACGGAAUGAAUUGUAGUUAAGAUGGUUCGAACGCCUAGGACAACAUAUGCAAUAACUAGACAACAGUAAAGGGGAGAGAAGUUGGAGAUCAAACAACAAAUGAAACUGAUUGGGAUUCUUUCCAUAAGGAUGACAACAGGAAAUGUUAAAAUACUGAUAUUUUCGCUGAUAGGACGGGGACACGCCCUUACACGUGGCGUGCAGGAAAAAACAUGUCAACAUUGUGGAAUUGCUAUUGGGAAAGUUCAAUGCUAACAUCAGUAUCACGAACAAGGUAGGCUGUGGUUAUCUGCAGUAAGUGAAGAGAUAUCAGAAGAUUCGAGAGUAAAAGUCUCUUGUCGUCAGACAAUAGAAGUGGUCUGCCUUAGACGGGCAUUGUGCCGGAACACUGCAUGCAUCGCUGUUAUUUGCAUUUCGCAGUGAUUAAAAGCUAAGAUAAAAUAUAAUAACAGCGUGAAAUGAUGAUAUGAAGUAAAUCAUAUCUACACUGCGGAAAUGAUACGAAUGAAAAAAUCGCAGCUAUAAAAUUUAAAAAGAUUAUGCAAUAGCGAAAAGAAGCGUGAAAAAGCGUUACAGCUACUGAGCCACUGAUGGUGGGAGCAGUUCCGAUCUCGUAUUUUCGUAAAAUGGUUAAAGUAUUACGAAAGCAACAAGCGAUCGAAAUCCGUCGAGAUUCUGAAUUAUUUCAGACUUCUUUUAGUAACAGGCCAUUUCCGAGUUACCGCAAGCGUUUGUUUCAAAGCGAAGUAUAGUGCGAGGCCAUCGAUAUGAAAAUGGCUUUUUAUUGUCUUGUAAAGAAAACUCCCUCUCAGCCAAGUAAGAUUUUGCACUAAGCCUCGUUUUGAUUGAGAGUUUUUGGAACUCAGAAAUGGUGGCCUAUUGCCUUGAAAAAACAAAUAAAAAAUAGAAAAAGUAAAAAUAAGGCUUAAUUAAAUCAUUGUACAAAGGAUAAAACACUAAUGAGCUAAGUUAAAUGAUGAAAGAUUAAACUAUUAAUACAAACAAAUGUAACGUAUAAAAAGUGUAAAGAGUUAAGGUUAAUGGGAGUCGGCAAAGGAACAAAACACAAAAAGACAAGACAAAAAAAGGUCCUUGACGUCCCCUGAAUUUUUGCAGCAGUGGGUUUACUGUGUUCAUAAUAUUUAUGGUCUGACCUGAUAUUUGCAGAAGGGAAACACACCUUUGUUUGUCGCAGUAAGGUCAAACUGCACACAAGCGAUCAAAGCCUUGCUAAACUCGUCACAGGCUGACCAAGAUGUGAGAUCUGGAAAAUCGGUGCGUACCCUUGACAGACAAACACCGCAUUAAUGCAUAUUAUGAUCAAGAGGAACUUCUCAUGGUAUUUUAAAAACAUUUAUUAAGAGUCGUGACAUGGAGUUAAGAAAGAACUCUCAAUUUUUCAAAUUAUCAUUCUUCGUUUAUAGUACUAAAUUACGAGACAGGUCAAGCUUUUAGCUCGCUUUACACAAGCUUAAACUGAUCUUUUGAAUGAAAAUAAUUGGAUGUUUCGUUCAAAAAAGUAAAGGAAUAAUUAGUUUAAAAAAUAAAUUGAAUGUAUAGCACAUUGAAAAUCCUAACUUGACGUAUACGAUUCAUCAUUAAUCAAGGAAGCACAUGUGCAGGUUACUGAAUAACAGAUUUGAUCUAUUUUCUAACUACUGCAAGUUCACUUAACAGGUCUGUAAACACUUUUUAAAUUGAUAAUUCUGAUUAAAUAACCAAAUCCAACUUUUUUUUUCUAUCUUAUUCUUCUUUUGUGGGGGUAACAAGUUUUACAGUGUAUCUAUUAACGUCACGUGUCAUCCUUGGUCAUAAAUUACAAUUCUGUUCUAAUGGAGGUGAAAGCAAUAGCCCAACUUUACACAAGAAAACUGAAUGCUUAAACUGUUGUGGUAGUUGUGAAAAUAGCCUGCAUAUUAUGGAAUAUUUAAAUCGAGGACAAUUUUUUUUUACGAGACCCUGACGUUUAACAGAAUCAAAGUGCUAUACUAUACCAAUGGGUAGCACAAGUGUUAUAAUCAAUGUAAUAUCUGAUUGCGUAAAGCUUAGCUACACUUUACAAGUUGCCAGCUUUCUUUUGAGUUGACUGAGAUAGCUUAACUUGUCGUUUAAUUUUUUAUUUCAAUGACAAUGUUAUGAAAUAGGCAAAUGGAGAUACAUUACUUCACAUCGCGGCUUACAACAAAGAUACAGAACUGGCCAAACUAUUGGUGCAGUGGGGAACUCCACCGGAUGAACAGAAUGUAAGUUAUUCAUCAUGGAACUAUUGUCAGCAGUAUAAGUGCUAAAUAUGGAAACAAAGAUGGAAAACUGAGAUUAUUAGGUUCCUAUUAAGCCCAACACAAAGUAAAACCCGCCUCUGUACGAAAGGACUCCAAAACUAUACAAUCGCCAUGUUUACGAAGGGAGUGGCAGCAAUUAGACCAAUAUAAAGAAAUCGUUUAUGAUGUCAGUUAAAACUUUAAUCGGAAUUUAUGAUCUCUUUUGUGUUUUUUUUUUUCAUGCGGAGACACGCUGUUUUAAAUAUUAGGCUUUUAGGGGCUUUCCUUAUUUUCCAAAAUUCAGCUAUUGGACGUAACAUAGAACAAAGAUUGUAAUCUUUUUUUUAAGAUGGUAAAAUUAGUCAGUUGAGAUUAAAAAAAAGGUAAUAUGAAGAAAGCUUGGUUAGUGUCAGGUUUACAUGAUUGCUGUGUGGGUAAAAGCUUCCAUAAGAAGAUCCACCAUAGCUGCAGCUUUUUUAUAUUUGUGUGCAUUUUACUUAAGCCAACUUAUCUUUGGUUUUUUUUUUCAAAUUUCCUUUUAUGCGAUGAUAAUGGAAAACCAAAUCUUUUGUUCUAGAUACGCUGGGUCGAUUUGGAAAAUUCGUCAAACAUGCUUAUAUGACUUCAUUCUUGUUUCUAGAUAAAAUGAAAAAUAACACACUUUGUAAUAAUUGCAAUUUCUCCUCAGUGUUCCUCGAAUAGCAUUAAGCAUGACUGAAGAUAUUGAGUUUUGAUAUCCAUUCAUGAUCAGUUUUAACCUAAGAAAGUAGAGCCUACUACGAGACCAAGCCCUUUCAAUACAUAAUCUGAGAAGUUGUCUUUUUUUUCCUUUUUAGAAUGUAGGAAGGACCCCAUUGCAUGUAGCUGCGCAAAAAGGGGACGAAGAAAUGGUGAAAUAUCUGCAAACUGUGAAAGCAAACCCCAACACUCUUGACAAUGUAAGUUAAGCUGGCCUUGUUAUCACCUCCUUAUCACCCUGUUUUGCAUAACUCUUCAAAAAUCACAACAUAAGACGACAAUAGGUCCAUUUACACGAGGAAAAAUAAGACGCAAACUAUCCCGUACAGACGGCACAUGAAGAAGAGACUUAGCACGCUUUUUAUCGAAGAACAGGUGUGAGGGGCUGUUGGUAUAAAGAGCCCUAGUUAGUAAGAAUGCGGCGUGUACGUACAGAUAGUUACAGUUUGCAGGAGUCUAUUUUUCAGGAAAAUGGGAGUAAGGCAAUUACCAUAAGGUGAAAGAGUGUAGUCAACAAUCUAUCGCUUAUGUCUACCCCAGCGUGAAAGUAAAGAGGGUGAAAGAUUACAUUACCUCAUUUGUUUGAUAUCCCAGAAUGUUAUUAUUUACAGUGCAAAGCAGUAAUUUUAUACUUCAUUUGUUUUUGUCUUUUUAGGAAGAAAUGACUCCUAUUCACGUAGCAGCGAUGGCUGGACAUCAUUCCAUUGUCUUGUUUUUUCUAGAAAAGUUUAAAGCGGAUCCUUCGGCAAGGAACAGGGUGACUGAAUAACUUAUUAUUACUGGCUCAUCUUUAGUUGCUAAGUUAUUGCAAUCUUUGCUAUAAAAACCUUUUUGACAAGAACUACGAGGCUGAGGCAUAACUCCAGCUGAAUUUCCUACCAUUUUGUACCAUUUGUGAUAGCAAGCAAUUUAAAAGAAGACAAUGGAAAAUAUAAUUAUCUGUUUGCUCAUUUUUAUUGAUUGUUAUUGAUAAUUGGCUUUUAAGAACUCCCAGGUCAAAGUUGGUUUCCAUGUACUUCCGUAUCUCGUGUCUAAAUUGUUUGUCCCCGUUUAGUUUCUGAACAGAAUUCAACUAUGGUAAUUUUAGUCAACUGUGACUUAAUUUGUCUCAUUUUAGGAUGGCAGUACUCUACUUCACCUAGCUUGUAAAGCGGGACAGAUGGACACCUCUAAUGUCCUCAUUAAGAAAGGCGCCCUUACACAAAUGCCAAAUAAGGUAAAGUAACAUGCCAAGAGUCUGAAGCCGGAGAAAGUUCUGAAAGAAGUUUGUGUGCUGUACGUCUCUCGGUCACUAUGACAGAAUUCAGGCAUUUGUAAUCUCUGGAUAGAAAUUAGAGAAGGCUGCUUGUAAGAGGUGGCUCUUAUUAGACAUCUUCCUUUGUUUUACCCCAACAGAUCAGUUGAAAGCUUUGUUAUAACUUAAUUUAAUUUCCCCCUACUUAAUAUUUCAGAGUGGAAGCUUGUGUAUCCAUGAAGCAGCUAGGAAAGGACAUGUAGGAUUAGUGAAAAUGUUGCUAGAAAAAGGUGUUCCUGUCAACAUAAAAAAUAAGGUAAUUCAAGGAUCUUCAAGUCUUUCUGUCAAAUCGCAACAGAAUGCAAACAGCUUGUAGUCGUCAUGUCACCUGAAUCACCUACGAGCCAUGAUCCUAUUUACAUAACCGACUUGCUCACUCGCUCGUACGCAUGUGACGUACUCAGGGGCGGAUCCAGGAUUUUUUUUAGGAGGGGGUGCACUCGUCUCUUGCUCUACUUCAACACCGAUAAGCCACAUAGUUUUUUUUUUGCGGAAUACCAGUUGUAUUAGAAAACCGCAGGUCAUCUCAGGGGGGGGGGUGCGCACCCCCUGCACCCUCCCCUAGAUCCGCCCCUGAUACUCAAUCGUGGGACAAUCCUGAAAGCUUGCAGUAAAAUAGCCGUCAGACGCCUUUGCACUCAACCCUCGCCAGUAAGUGACACUCGAUAUGCUUUGACUUAAGACUGCUAUCCCUGCCAAUGGUUAAAACACGCGUACGCGGAUGAGCCAUACAAAGUCUACAAAAGAUCGAAGUGUACCAGGAGAAUGAUAAAUAUGAGAAAUUCAGAGUAUCAUGCGAAUUUGCAAAGAAAUACUAGUAGACCCAAAAUAGCUCUCUUGUAACUGAUUACAGAGUCCUUUAAGAAAUUACGCUGAGCUUUGUAAAUUCAGUUUUCCGUUCCCACACUCUUUAAUUGAGUCCUCUUUCAUAAUGGAUUGAGUCAAUGACUUUUUUAAAGUUUCUUUUUUCUUUUCAUUGAUUUCUGUUUUUGUUUUGUUUCGUUUUUCGUUAACAUACCAAACAAUCUUGCAUUUAGAAAAGGUACACUCCUCUCCACCUGGCUGCUCUCAGUAAGAAACACCUUGUUGUACAGCUUCUAAUUGGGUAUGGUGCGGACAUCACAGUCGUUGGAGGCGUAGUAAGUAAAAUGAUGGUGAAAUCUGAAAAGUUUGAAGGUGUAGCUUACUGAAUUUAUUUUCCCCGUGUAACAUCGUUCGCUUGACUUGAAAGACGAAAAAAGAACUAGAACACAUUGUACAAACUGCAUGAAGGGAAGAUCCCUAAUUACUUAGCGUUAGAAGGGAAAGUUUAGGAUGCUAAAAGAAAAAAUUCUUGCAGCAAGGACAACUUGGGCAAAAAGCAGCGAAGAGAAGCAAGAAGCCAGAUCUUAGUGUUGAUCAAGAUCAUCAAUAUAUGAUAAACACUAUAAAUUAAAGGCAAGGCUGAAUGGACAGCUAUGAAUGAGUAAUUUAUUUGCCCAAUAUUUUGGUUAGGCAAAACUAACCUUCAAAUGAAUUGCCCAUUUAUACCUGUCCGAUCAGCCUCGUUCUUUAAUUUAUCGCCUUAGGAUGCCAGCUAUAAGAAAAUCUCUCUGUGAUUAACUAAGUAAAACUUGAAGCGUGAAGAAAUUUUUUGCAUCCCCGGUGCGCAGCUAUCAAAUUGAAAUGGUUAUCCCGUCAGACUCCUUUGUUAUUAUGUUUUUGUGGACCUGAAAGUAAAAAAAGAAUUCUAUCAUUUUGAUUGUGACCAAUAAAAACGUUUUAAUUUAUUCCGCAUCCCAGAAAACAAAGGUUGCGCACGUCAACAUAAACUGCAGCACUGUUGUUUUUAUCAUUGAUGUUUGCCGCUUUUCAUAACCAGUCUCCUCUAAUAACUAUGCUCAGAUGAAAAAGGGGUUUUACAACUUUAAUAUGAUCAGAGCGGUUGAUGUGCUCGUUUUAAAAUCCAAACUGAGACAUAAAUGGAUGGAGAGCAAGGGCUUUAUCCUCAGAGAAAAAAGUUGAAAAUGAAAGAAACGUUUCUAUUCUUAAACAUCCCUAUUUUCACAAAACUAACAAUUUUGCACUUUUUUAGGCCAACGAAACCCCACUUCAUAUGGCCUCCAAGGUCAAAGGUAGUGAAAAAGUCGUGGAUGUUUUGAUUAAAAGUGGAGCCGAUCCCGAUGCCGCAAAGCAGGUGAUUGAUUCCAAAUAGUAAUUAAAAGCAGUUGCACUUACCUGAUGUAAAAUGUUCAAUGUUUUUUUCCCAGAAUGGCGAAAGAGCACUUCAUUUGGCUGCAAGGUGCGGUAACUUCGAGGUAGUAAAACUGCUUCUGAGAGAGGACACAGAAGUGGCUCGUCGAACCAGGGUACGUAUAUAAAUACCAUCAUUUAGCAUGAGCAUUACAAACUAUUGUUAAGGAAUUUGUCACUUUGAUUGAAGCAUUUGUUUUGUGUUAGCAAUAGACAGACUCUUAGACUUCUCACGUAAUAUAAGUGAGAUUUUCGAGGUGACGUAAACGUACGUUGCUGGAGCCCAUACUUAAAGUUUCCCUUUUCUGUAGAGAAACGACUAUUCAAGUGAAAGCUUUGACUUCUUAAUGACUGUGGAUGAAAGUUACUCGAGGAUUCUGUACUUCCUGUGAUAUUUUUUGUUACACUGAAAAAGGUGGUUUUACUUUAAGCGUCCUGUCUGUAGAUGAAGUCCUAUCGUAUAGCUUUUAUAGGACGAGGCUAAAGUUUGAGCUUACUUCAGGUUCGGAUAGCCGACAUUUUGGUUGCUCUGAGCCAUUGAGUGAAGAGAAGUGAAGUGAAGUGUGUAAAUACAAACGAAAAUCACCCCUUAUUUGUGAGUCACCCUUAUGCUUUAUUACAAAGCACGCUAUACAACAUCCUUUAUGUAUUAAAGAGCUAAAAGAUAUUAGAUUUUGCUGAAAAUUGGUUUUGAAACUUGUAUGUUUACUCUUUGCAGACAGGCGAAACCCCAAUACAUCUCGCUUGUCAAAAUGGGCAUUACGAGAUAGUAAAGGCGCUAGUAGAGAAGGUUUUCCAAGUCAAGUCAAAAGCUCUAGCUCGUCUCAUCGUUAAUAUACCAAACGCAGUAAGUAUACGCCGUAUAUCACAUUCGUCAAAAGAUGCCAAGAAAACUAUUGAAAAUUGUGCUUGGUAUUUUUUGUUCUUUGUGUUUGGAAGAGAUUCAUAAAAUCAUAUCGUCAUUAUGUUUGGUUGGCUUUGGUUGCCUUCCUUUUUCUAACCCAAUCACUUUUACAUCUAGGCGGGAGAGACAGCUCUUCAUUUUGUGGCAGGAAUUGCUCCAAGUACAAAGUCAACCGAUGAGGAGGUGGUGAAUGUGGUUCAAAUUCUAUUGGAACAUAGUGCCAAUCUUGCCUUAACAACAUAUCAGGUAGCCAUGCGUUCGCGUUAGAGCUUCUUUCACAGCUGCCAAACGAGAUUACUGUCAUAAAUCCAAGCGAAAAUAAAACUUUCUUGAAAAAAGUAAGAAGUCGUCAAAUUAUGAAAUACUAGGGCUAAAAUCGCACGAUCAGUUUUGCUGAUGUUUUGGUCGAAGAAUGCCUCAUAUUCAGAACCACCUUAUACCCUCAAGUGUGUCUGUUUAGUCCUACCUUCUUUUGACAAUCUUGAUAUUAAAAAGUAUUUUACAGUUAUCGUGGAUCUUUUCAUCAUACCACUACUCAAUCUCUCCACCGCGUGCCAUCCGAGUCGCUUACAUUGGUAGCCUUGUAAAAAUCUUUAGAGUCACAGUGCUUGGCAAAGCGUGAUGAAUGUUUUACUUGUUCCAAAUAUCUGUGAUCUAUAUUUUAGCGUCUUUCUAUUUUUUCGUUUAGAAAAAAGAAACACCUCUUCAUUGGUGCGCCCGCUCAGGGAAUUAUCAAAUCAUGGAAGAGUUCUUUACUUCCGGCUACGUUCCAGAACAUGUCAAACUAAGCACCAUCAACAAGGCAUCUGAGGUAACUUGACGAGACGGCAGAGCUGACAUGAUUGACUGGCUUACUUGACGGCUAUGUAGAUGAUCCGAGAGUUUACUUUUGCAGCGCUAAUUCUUGUCCAGCCUGGUCAGAAUUACGAUGUGCUGGCGUUCGAAAACUUUCAGCUUCUGUGUAUCAUUCUGCCCCCUGAUUGAAGCAUUCGUAUCCGUCGCCCUAAUUUUAAAUUUCAUCUUGUAAAAUUAUAGCUGAGGAGGCCUAAUUAACAUAAGCUACAUGGUUUCUCUUAGGCCUCCUGACGUAAUUGUUUUCUCCACUGUUUGUGAUCUUUUCGGUUCGCAUUGCAAUAACAAUAUGGUGUGUGUGGCAAAUUAAAUGAAUAAAUAACAAAUCAAGAAAUGAAAGAAUAACGGACAGGUAGACUGAAUAGAGAAAUUUCCUGGUUCUGUUCUGAAUCUGACUGUCUAAUGAGGAAAGGCUUUGGUCAAUUUAUCCUGCUAUCCGGUCAACAAGUUACCUUGUAAUUUCUGAAUGUAGUGAAUGAGUGACUUCUGACAGGUGCAUAAAAGUGCACACGAUUUCGGUCAAAUCACUGACUGAAAACUACUGGGCUAAUAUUGAAGAAGCCCAAAAUGGAGCCCGAUGAUUUCUUCCCAGAUGUUCAGUAAUAGACUAACAGUUUUAGUUAUUUCAUAUUUGUAGCGUGGAGCCUCUCCGCUGAUGCUCGCUUCAGAGUGCGGUAUGUUGGAAGUCGUUCGAGUACUCCUUAGAUUCCACGCCAGAGUUGAUGUGUUCGAUGAGGUGAGGCUAAGUUAAAAUGCAAGUCGACAUUUUCCUCUUUUUCUAUUAAUGGGUUGGUCAUUUGAGUAUUUUCGACCCCUUUCUCUUUUAACAGUAUACAGUACAGGAUCAAGACCUUGAGAUAAGGGAGGAGUGGGAAGGGGGGUGGUGUCAAAAAAUUUUUUCCGCCCUUCGGGCCUCAGUUUGGUCUGAAAAUAAGGGGGACCCGGCCCCCCCCGGCCCCCUCUCCUGGAUCCGCCACUGCUAUAAAACCGUUAAAUUUAGGUUGUCAUAAGACAUGCGUGGAAGGAUAAAUGUUUGCCCGGCAGAAAGGCUGACAGGAUAGAUAGAUGGAUGGAUGGGGAUGGACAGAUGUGACAAUUAAAUCAACUAUAUUAAUUAUAAAAAUUAAAAAUUAUUUCUCUAUUAGUAGAAUGGAUAUUGAAUUUUUGGCUUUAGAUCUUUCAUGUUCAAGCACCUGCUUUGGAUAUUGCCCUUCCUUGUGCUUCAGAUAGUGAUCAAGCCCUAUUGUUGCAGUUUUGAAUGCUGUUUCUACAUCAAUCAGGCCCCUACCUCCAUCUUUUCUUGGGAUGUACAGCCUUUCCACAUCUGCUUUAGGAUGUAACAUCUUAUGUAUGUUCAGUAGUUUGCGUGUUUUUGUGUCAAUCUUCUUCAGUUCUGAGAUUUUCCAGUCAAUGAUGCCAAAGCUAUAUUGCACAACUGGGACUGCAAGACUAUUGAUAGCUUCUAUUUUUGUUUCUUCCAUUGAGCUCAGUUCUUAGGAUUAAUCUUACUCUCCUAUUAUCACUUUUCUUAUCUUCUCUUUCAUUUUGCUAUGAAAAUUUGAGGCCAGUUUACCUUUCAUGAAACUGGCUUUGGUACAUUCUCAAAGUCCGAAUUCCAUACCAAUAUCAUCUCUGAAUUGUUUCACUAUUUUCAGUUCUCCAACUUGUUCUUGCUCGUUCUUGCUCGUUCUUGCUAUACAGUGACUUGAUUUGAUCUGAGUUCAUUCUUUGUGAUAUGGGUGUAGCUUCUUUCAGUUAAAAUCGAUGUGAGCACCUUGUAGGAUGUUGAUAAACAGGCAAUUGGUCUAUAGUUUUGGGGUUCUCUGUGUCUUUGUUCUUUGGUAGUAAAUAUGUUUGUGCUGUAGUGAACCAAUCAGGCAGAUUUUCUGGGUUUUCUAUUGCUUGGUUAUAUGCAUUCAGUAGGUGUUGAUGUCACUGUCAGGGCAAUUGUUUGAGUUAUUGUUAUAGUUAAUUGUAUUUUAACAUUGUAUUUACUAGUAUUAAUUUUCUUUCUAUAAAUAUAAUUUAAAUAUUUCAUUGUAAGGCGCAUUUGAAAACCUUUUUGCAUUUGCGCGGUAAAAAUGAAUAUAUUAUUAUUAUUAUUAUUAUUAUUAUUAUUAUUAUUGUUAUUAUUAUUAUUAUUAUUAUUAUUAUUAUUAUUAUUAUUAUUAUUAUUAUUAUUAUUAUUAUUAAAUGGAGAAAUGGAUGCUAGGACUAUUUGAUCAAGACCUACACGGACACGAGGCAGUAACAAAUAAUUCCUCGCCUUGGUCACUCUGAACGCCUUUAUAAUAUCACUGUUCUAUCGACCAUCAUUGUAUGUGUCUUAUUACGCUCCUGGUAAAUUUUUACCGGACUUUUAAGAAGUCUGAUUGGCUACUUUAGAAACUUCUUAGUAUCAAUAUUUCUGUUUAUCAUAGGUGGGCGGCACGGCGCUUCAUUACGCAGCCUCCAAAGGUCACGUGGAGGUAGCACGUGCACUUCUCAAUAACCGAGCUUACGUCAACGGAAGAACCAAGGUUUGUAAGGAAAGUUCUAGUUGUAAAGACAAUAAGGGGACAAUCAAACAGAAAUAAGAGGGGUUUUUGCAGUUUUACUUACUAUGGAACAACAGGAGACUAAAAUUACCAUAAAUUAAACUCCCUCUGAUUUUUACCGCCAACUCCUUAACUUCGGAUCAACUUUUCCAAGAACGGGAAGUGCUGGCUUAUAGCUUUAAACAUCCGAAUGUCGACUGUACUUUAUUUUAUCCACACUCAUUUAAACAUUAGCCUAAGAUACACCGCAUAGUUAAACAAGAAUUUUGGUAAUAACCUGUCAUCAUUCUCAGAGGCCCUGCCAGAGUAAAUUCCGACACGUGACAUGAGCCUAAAAGUACUGACGGCUCGUAAGUUGAAAUGGCGACAGAAUACGACCUUUCUCUUCAAAAUCAGCGGAAAGAAUGGUGGUCUGGCAGUAUUUUGUCACAAUCGAGAGUUUACAAAACGUAAUAACCACCAGACCACUGCGCCUCCACUAUCUUUACCAGGUUAUCCAGUUUAAAAAUGGUUGCCACGCAUGGGUAUUAAACGAUAACUGAACACCUUUAGAGCUGCAAGUGUUUAUGACGAACAGCUAAAACUUAGGACCAGAGGUCUUCCAUCACUCUGUGUUUUUCAGUAGUUACCUCCAUAACUUCUAUGAGGGUUCCCAUCUAUAUCAUCUAUUUUAAAGUACUAAAAGGUAAAAAAUUAGUAUUAAUUUUGGUUGACCAAAAUAUAUUAAAUGAAAACAACUCAGGGUUAGGCGCGCUCACCAGCCACUGUUGGGGAAUGAGCUUGCCAGCCAGACCCGAGAGAGUGGCGGAAUCGAGCCUAACAAUUGGUAGAAUUCCCAGCAAUAAACAGAAAAACAUCUAGCCAACGGAUAAUACAAUCAAAUCAACUGAACACACUGAAAAAACAGGAAUAAUUCGUUUUGUAGUGCACCAGUUUCUUAUACUAACAGUAAUAAUGCUAACGAUAGUGACACGAAUAGCAAGACCCAACAAUGGGCUCAUGCUGCACCAAGGUAAAGGAAAAAGAAAACGAGUUGUUUUCAGUACGCACGCGCACCACAGUCGUAUCACCCGCACGCUGAGUGGCAGCUGUCAUUCAGUCUAAAUAGGAGUCGUUAGCAAGAUAUUAUUUAACAGUCAGUGUUUAGUCCUGAAUAGCUAGCUGCCACAAUUGUUUUGUGGAAGGGUUUUCAAAUGCUUAAGUAACAAUAGCUGUAUUAGUAAGAAAGUAAAAAUAAGUAUAAUUGCACUUAACUAACUCUCAUGUAACUUGUAACAUAACGCUCUGACGGAAACCUAAUGCUAAGAUAACAACUCAAAGCUCUGCACAAAAGAAAAAUUGUUUAAAAUGCAGAAAGUAACUUUGAUAACUUUCAACCGAACUCAGACAUUUAAAGAUCUUUACGUUACAAGAUUCAUCAAGACGACUUCUGACAGAACCAUCAUUGAAGAGUUGAAAACUUUUGACUAUGAAGACGUUCGCACCCAUUCGUGGAGUUAAUUCGCUUUAUAAACUUUGUUAAUUUGACUGCAUGUCUGCGUCUGCUUAAUAUUCUAUUUGCAGCCAAACGUCCGAAGCUCCGCCGAUAAAACAGGUCGAGGCAAAGAUGACGACGAUGAUGAUAAUUCACCUGUAAGCCUGCCUUAGGAACUGGCUCAAUAAAUAUUUAAUAUAAUAUCAUUUAACAUUUCAUAAAAAUAAUAAUUUACUCAACUCUAAGUUAAACAUCAUAAAUGUCUUUUAAACAAUUUUGCGCCAACUGCAAGGCUCCAAGGUAAAUAGAUAAAAACCUCAAUAAGAGACUAAUUCUUUUAAAGUAGCCGAACAAUCACUGGAACUUCAGUUACUGUUAGUAAUUAAUCACCAGUUUGAUUGUAUAUUUUUACCAUUUUGCACCUUUAUUGUUAGCUAUUAAGAACAUUUGUUCGUUGUAACUUAAUUCACUUUUUAAGUUCUAAUUUACUGUUCUAGUCACUUGUGCCUUUGUUUUGUUAGAAAUGAGUUUUAUCCUUUGCAGUCACCAACUGACAUUCACUCUUGUCUGUUACUAACGACAAAUUACUUAAAGUCACUAAUAAAGCAAAACGCGAAACGCGCUCUUACUAUUUUCACGCUCAUAUUUUAACGGGUUGCCGCUUGUAAAAAUAUGUAACUUCUUUUUACUUUCAAACAUGAAAUGCGCCAAUUCGUCGCACUUCAUAAACCAUACCACUUUUAACCGAUUUCUGUGGGUUCUCAGUUUUCUUUGCACUGUUUUGUUUUCACUGCACCUUAAGUAUGAGAUUCUUUUCUCUUAAGGGUUUGCUUCUUUUUUUUUCUCAGAUCGGCCGGACACCACUUCAUAUCGCAGCUGACAAAGGUCAUGCAGACUUCGUACGUGUUCUUGUCACCAAGUACAACGCUAUAGUCGACCUAGUUACUGUGGUACGUUUAGUAUAUAUAGCAAUUAAAGACGGACGAUUUUUUCAACUAUCAGCAUUAAUUCUUCCUUAGACUCGUAUUAGACGUAAAUAUAAUAAGAGGAUCAGAUAAUUUUCCCUCUCAUUUUUGCGACUACUGGUCUUAGUUUCAUUCAAACCAAAUUCAUGAGUUUCCCAAAGUCCUCUUUAUGUGGCAUUACCCAUGCAUGAUGAUUAAGAAAUAAAGAUGUCACUUACAGUGGAACUUUCUUUUUCUUUUCUGCUGUUUCGUGAACUUUGCCUGGUGGUCAGCCCCCGUCUGAGCAAUUUUCAAUGGUUUUGGUAUCUCAAGAUCAAAAGGUUAUAAUACUGGGUGAAGAUACUCUUCGCUUGUCACCGCAACUGACAGACACAUCGUAACCUUUUUUUUUAUUAUUUUUAAGUGACAUGUUGUUUAUUUAUUAAAGGAUAAAAAGACUCCCCUACAUUUAGCUUCAGAGAGCGGUAGGACUGACGUUUGUAGGGUUCUUCUGGAUCUUAGAGCUGAUGCUAGUGUCGGAGACAGUGUAAGUAUGACUCAUGGAUCUCCCUUCCCACCAUGAGAUAUGUUGAGCCUUGUUAAGAAGGGCUUGGGCUUUGCUCUGAAAAUGGAGAAAUAGGAAAAAUCCACGACAAAACAAACAAACAACAAAAGACGAAACUGAUGAAUGUAAGAAAUAUUACCCAUUCGUACAUGGCACUUUCAAAUUCUUAUAACAGCGUCGGUCACUUAGGUACCAGGCUAUAUUUAGUAUUGUUUCGAAAAGUUUCCAUUAGUGAAGGCCAUGAAGGUAGAUAUUCUGUGGAGUUUACAUCCUGAAGAGGAAUGUCCUUGCUUCAGUUUGGCUUCGACUUUUCUGAUCAUCAUUACUUUAUUUUGGGGACAAGGUUUGGCAAGAAAAGAAAAGGCUAUGAACUUGUAGCAUUUAAACGCGUAAGGUCAACUGGUACCCGUGCCUGUGCAAUUGUUGAAUGUAUAUUGUACUGAAUAGUUAUGUAUGUGUCUUCCAACAGGAAGACAUGAUCCCUGUACAUUACGCUGCCGCUAAGGAUCAUGAUGAAGUAGUGGAACUGUUUUUCAAAGUCCAGCCAAGCACUAUGACUCAAAUAAACGCGGUAAGCCGUACUGGGUUGGAUUUUAAACAAACAGUCAUUAACUACAUGCUUUGUCCAUACAGUAUUCACAGAGUUUAUAUCAAGUUAUAUCAAACUUGAUUUGAUUUCUCGAAGGAAAAAAAACCUGUAAUGAAUGCAAAUGUUAAAGACAAAGAUAAAAUCGUGAUUAAAAGCGUCUUUGAUUUUCUAACUGCCCAUCAGUAGAUCGUGUAUGUUCUGGCAGAAUUUUAUCCAUGGUCAAAUUUUGCUUUCCUUUGUUAUUGGCGGUGAUAAAACCUGAUUAUAAACUUACAGGUAGCAGUUCGUAUUACAAAUAAAUUUUCAGACAACCUACUAUCACUUUGUUUAUCUUGAUCGCGUGGUGAGUAAGAGGCCUUCACAAAUUAACUGAAUUAACUUCACGUACAUUUUGUCUAUAGCCAACCAGCUUAUAAUAAUAUCGUAAUGCAAGCCAAUGUUGGACUCCCAAGGCAAACAUACCUUACUCGUUAGAUUCGCUAAGAUCGUGACAUUUGUUCAACUCCGUAACCGUCCCUGAUAAGGCUUUAGAGAGGAAACUCCCAUCACAUAAAGUGGUUUUCAAGGAGGUCCUUUGACUAGGAUUAAAUAAUAUUAAAACUACUAACAACAAUCAAGUCUAAAAAACUAGUGGUUAUAAAGUUGAAAGGCUAAGAAGGCUAGACGACUAAAAAAGGCAAAAAAGUAAUAUUUAAGAUUUAACUAUUGAAAAAAACAAGGCUAAGGACUAAAAGGAUAAACUGAAAAUUUACAAACUACAAUAUUUGGUUGUUAAAAACUUUUUUAGGUCCCGUUUAAAAAUAUUGCAAGUAAUAGGUUUCCUUAAAAAAUUCAGAAGAGUUGACCUGUCACUAAUGUACCUAUAGUAAGUUGUUCUUUUGCCCCAUUCCUUUUUCGUUUUUGAAUUCUAGGUAAGUAACUGUUUCUUGUGUUAUGUCCAUGCAAGUCUCUUAAGGUUAUUGUAAAAGUCUCUAGGUGCUCUGGCAUUUCCCCUUCAAUAGCAUUUUGAACCGCUGAGCAUUGGUGAGCAAAACGUCGUCCAGCCGGAGGGAUCCAUUGUAGCGAAUUGAGUGCUUCGGAUGAUGAGAUCUUAUUAUCUCCUCCACAGUCUUAUAUCCAACCUGUUGCAAGUCCUAGCUGGGUUCUCUGACAUCACACUAGACGGCAAAACAGUCCGUAUUUUUUCGUAUUCAAGUACACGCGAGCAGUCAAACAAAAGGUCUGGAACGAGGCAUCAUUAACAUCAUCGAAAGAUUCCAAAAUACUCCAGGGAAUAGCGCUGCAAUGUCCUUUAUAAAUUGUUCUUUGCUGUAACGCUUGAAGGAUCUUACUCCUCUCACUUCAGGAGAGCUUUAAAGGUGCCGCCUUUCUUAAUGGCAAAAACAACGGAGUGAUCACUUGCUCUGAAUUCUUGAACUCCGUACGAAACAAAACGUUGUAGGUUGUUGACAAAAAUCAAAUCAAUAGCAGUGGAUGCACUGUUCUGUCAUACAAGUUGGACCUUUAAGUUGAGUAAAACCAUGUAGUCGUGUUGUUUGCAGUAAUUUCCUGGUGUAUUUACACGGCUUCGGAGAAAUGACAUUCGCGUUGAAGUCGCCCAUAAGGACCCAGUCCUUUUGUUCUUCAUCACUCAGUCUUUCAAGAAAUUCUCGUUCUAAUCCAGAUAUGAAUUUGUCCAGAUCCAUACUUGGGGCCUUAUACAUUACGGCGCAUAUUGUGUUUUUAGCCUGGUAGGGACAAAUCUCCACGUCCACCAUUUCCAGCGAGUCAGAUUCCAGAUCGGUUCUUCGUUAAUCUGCUACACAGCCGUUUUUAGUGUCGUUACGCAACGACGCUAAAAACGGCUGUGUAGCAGACUAGUUCUUCGUUUGCUAGGCCAUUUGUUCGUAACAAAUAAUGCGCAUCCACCACCCUUACGGUUUCUAUCUUUUCUGCAACAUGCAUAGCCAUCAGGACAUAUAUUACUGUCAGAUAUAGUGCUAUCUAAGUGCGAUUCGGUCACUCCAAGACGGUCCAAGUUCGCCCUCUCCAAUAAUACGUCCACAUCUGCACUGCAAGGUUACAAUAUUGAUACCAGCGAAUUUCAUUCCUCUCUUCUUUAACUUAGGAUUUUUUUAUCCUGCCUCUCGUGCCGUGCAUUAAAUCCUUUACGAGAGCAACAACCUGGUGUAUCAAAACCAGGAAAUAAGCAUUUUAAGCAUUGCCAAGCUUUCGUCAAUCGCAAAGUUGAUUACACCCUAACGCCUUCAUGCCAAUACACUUGGCGUGAAACCAUUGAUCGCAUAUAUCACACUGAAUGGCUUUCAGGGCCUUGCGACAACCCCUCGAGCAAACAAGACAAGGAUCUUUAACUGGUCCUGGGUUCUGUAGGAUGUCUCCCACCAAAAGGACUAUAUAGGUAGCGCAAAUCGAAACGUUCGCCAGGUUGAAACCAACAAGACACUUUAAAGAUGGCGAUACUCGUGCAUCACGAACAAAAUUCCGAGGCAUACCCUGUAAAUUAAUGUCGGUAAUCGACACCGUUUUUUCUUCAUGCGUAUUCCCUGCACCUGUUUAAAAUUCUUCUGUUCGCUUAACAUAUAAAUAUCGCCUUUUUUAAAAAAGAAGAAGAAUUUAAAAAGAGCGAGACGCUGUGUUCCAAUCAGUUGAUAUCGGCUACCCCUGAGAUUUACUCAUGUAUUUGUUGGACGGUGGAUACGUUUAUAAAAUGUUUGAGCGUACUAGGAGGACUUUUUCUAUCCCAUAUAAGUUACCGUUAUGCGAAAUUAUGUGAGCUUAUUAUCGUCACUGAUGUAAGAUUUUCUUUGAUUUCUUCAGGAGGGAUUGAACGUACUACAAAUUGCCGCCUCCAAAGGGAGCAUCAAAGUCGUCAGGAAACUGGUGGAACUUGACUUUGCAAAAUGUUCAGCUGAUAAGGUUUAGAUUCUUAUUCUUAAGACAACGAAAUGACAAGUCUGGUUUCUUUUAAAUUAGUUUAAUUACAAUAUAUGGUAAAAAAUUGAUGUAAUGUUUUCUGACCGUGAUCGCUCCAGAAUUCAAGAUGCUUUUUUAAUAAAACAAGUACAAGCCUACAACUUCUAUAUCGGCAAUUUUAACCAUCCUUGUGUGAAGUCUGUGAGCACUAAAAGAAACUACUGAAAUCUCUGAAUUCUCUUCAACUUAUGUCUUUCACGUUUGCGGAAAAGAUGCUAAGCAAAUUAGUCCCCAGUUGUUCCAAAGAUGGAUAGCGCUAUCCACCAGAUAAAUCACUAUAUCCAGUGGAUAAGUAUUAGGGAAACCAAUUGUGUUAUUCACUGGAUAGAGAUUUAUCCAUUGGAUAACAGCACUAAACCAACGAUUGAACAACUGGGGCCUGGGGCCAGUUAUAUAUUCAUUCAUUCCUUUUUUAUUCCCAGGGAGUUUUUUGCAAACCCCUUCUUCUAGCAGCUAGAGGUGGUCACAAGGAAAUGGUGGAGUUUUUGCUUGUGAAUGGUGCUUCACCUACUGAGGAAGACUCGGUAAGACUGAUUUCAUCAUACAUCAAAUAAAUACCAUUCCUCUAGUAUCAGGCUAAAAGGUUAAAAUGUGACGCGUAGUACUUAGUUAGACGACGACGCACUCUAUUCGCUUACACGCCACUGAGGGAUCGGCAAACUGAUGACGAGCUUGGCCAUUUUCCAACUUCGUUUUUCAGGCACUUUGCAAGCUGAUAAAAUCAGCAUAGAUAUGCCAAAAUAAAGAUGGCUAAUUUUCAACUCGAGGGUAUAGUAGGACGAAGAAAAUGUCAAGGACUAUGUAAGCGUAGGUUAUUUAAUUCAGAACGCAAGUUGCAACGGUAAACGAAGAUAAUUAAAACCCGGUUUGCUUAGCACUGCAGCCUAAGUAUAUUUUGAUAAUCGACUCAGUUUGGCCAUAUAGAUUCUGUACAUUUGACACACGUCCUGCAGACUACAGAGGUAAGCAAGAUCGUAAGCUUCCUGUGUGCUGAACAAACGAAAACGAUGAAUUACUUGUCCACUUUUUUGCCUAUAGGAAGGAAUGAGCGUACUGCAUUUAGCCGCCAAGUUUGGACAACUUAAGGUUAUUGACAUGCUAUGGGGAAAGACUCCUAUUGAACAAGUCAGUGUGAAGGUAAGGAUGAGGGAUGAAUGCAUUUGUAAGCGUUUACUUUUCACGGAGGUAGUUUUAAAAUUAAAUUGUAUUGUCAGCGUGGAGCAUGUCCGCAAAAGGUUUUUUUCCCUAUUUUUAAAGAAACUGUUUCUUUAUCCGUAAAUUUUACAAUAGAGUUUGUUCUAAAAACUGACGCGGAUUCAGUGCUUUGUCGCUUAUAACUUACGAUUCCGAGAUUACAGUUGUACCAAUCUCAAAGACAAAGGCUGUUUUAGCGGAAACCUGUUCGAAUUUACCUAUAAAAGCCCAUUUCUUGCGAAAAAUGCCAUGUUUGGUGAACACAAAAUAUAUUGUAGCUUGUGUACAGACGUCCGCCCUCCCUCAGGAAGGGGGCGUCUGUACACAGGCUAAAUAUAUUGAAAAGCGUUCAAUUGAAACUAGAUUUAUUUGUCUCGCUCAUCUCAGAAUGGAAUGACAGCUAUUCAUGUUGCCGCCUUAUUUGGUCAAACGGAUAUUGUUCAAGAAUUUCUCUCCAGAGCCCCUAAAUCGGCCACAUUUGUUAGCGAGGUAAGAAACUAACAAAGUUGUUCUGUUUAUUAAUGUGUUUAUAUGGAUACAUGUGGGAGGUCCUUUCUUUCAGACGGAUAUUUCACACCCAAAUGUUUAUCUUCUUUUUUUACAAGAAACCUGCUAAUGGAGAGGAACAGGAGGAGGAGGAAGAGGACGUAAGUAAACUUUCUGAAAGAAUGGAUAAUUCAUUUCAAGUUAUGUUGCCAGAAGAAGUCUAAUUAACUUUGUUCCGGUUAUUCAUGUCAUGUCAUGUCAUGUUAUGAUCCAGCUAAAGGAAGGGUAGUUUCUCAAGAAAAUCUAGUGUUUGGUAGAUGGGCGAGUGAAAUACAAAAAGUGCCAAGUGUAAAACUGCAAAAAUCUUAAGUUAAAUCUUACUCAACCUCGUUCCCAUGGUGCUCCGCUUCCACUUCUCCUACCCGGUAUCUUUUAAAUUGACACUUACCCGCCCCGAGAAUACACGAAUGCUUUUUAUCCAGCCUACUUAUUCUUGUUUUUCAUUUGAAAAUGUAGCUCCGCCCUCCGUAUAUAAACCAAACACAACCUGCAUUCUCCUGAUUCGCUCUAAUGAAGGGUUAGCGCUUAAAACGUCAGCUUUUCAAUCCCUCUACGGUGGUCAAUCAACACCGUAGAUAAAACCAUACCUUUGUAUUAUGAUUCGGUUAGCCGGUCAAGAUUAGCUGUGUUACAGUUAUUCUUUUGAUGACAUUUUUAUCUUUGCACAUUAUUGGAAAAAUCGUUUUUAUAGAUUCUUUCAUUUUCUGUUAGUAUGGUUUUACGCCACUUCACCUUUCUUCUCAAAAUGGUGACAAUACCUUGGUAAGAGUCCUUACUAACCAUCCUGGUGUACGGAUUGACGCUGUCACUUUAAAGAUGGUAAGUUGAGUGGAAAGAUCUAAAGCACAGUUAGAUGUCAUUGAUCUUGCUAUGAUAUCAUGCCAUAUAAGAAAAACAUGUAAAUCAGUCGAUAGUUGCUUUGUUUCUGAUAGUUCGUUUCACCUUGUCCUCAUCAAGCGGCGAUCAUGGUAUCGACUGCUGCUUUUAGCCUGCGUCGUAGGCAAAAUCUAUCCCCGGUUAGAAAUCGAUAAAUAAAUAAAAAAAAGACACUCACACGCCAGAGCAACUAGUUGCAAUGACUCUGUUUGGUUCCGCGUUUAGAAAAUACAUCACAUAGUGCUGUAAGUUUUUUUCCUUGAUCACUUACCCUUCGCUCGCAAAAAAUCCUACCUGAGAGCUUGGACGUUUUCGAUCGAAAUCACCACUCCUAUCCUCCCGUAAUUGAUGAAAUAUUGGCAUGUAAUGAUAAGGAUGAGGAGAUGACCCCGUUUAUCAAGGCACCCUUGAUAUUCCGCUAAAAUUUGUAAAACGGUUGUCCUUGUUUUGUUACCAGGGUCGUACAGCCCUCCAUGUAGCAGCCUUCGAAGGUCACAUUGAAGUAGCCAGCACUUUAAUAAGUAAAGCUACUUUAUUACUACACCAAGUGGAUAAAGACGGACGUACACCCCUGCACUUGGCUUCAGCCAAUGGACACAAAGAUCUGCUCACGAUCAUGAUUGGACAAGGCGCUGAAAUUGACGCCAAGGACAAUGUAAGUGAUACCAGCAAAGUAAGCCGUUUUUCCCCUAUGAUUCGCAAGAUUUUUGUCGCGUUUUACCUGAGAAAACUUAAAAAGUUAACUUUGUAAAGUUACCUUGAGGCAAGAAAGUGUCCAAAGACAGAAAAUGAUGAAAGCACCAAGCUAAUUAGAUGACUUGCAAACCACAGUUGCUUGUUUAAGUAUUGUAUCCUAUUGCGCUGUAACUGACAUCACCACACUUAGAAUGGCUUCCUUUGCUGCAUACAUGUAUAGCUAGCCUACGUGGCAAGCGUUAAAAGGGGAAGGAAGGGGAAGGGGGAAUUUGGGCGCGCAUAUAGCCGUUGCAUUUGCCAGCUCGACUUGUUUAUUAUCUUAGAACAAACGAGCCUGACUCACCAACACAGCUGUGUUUUUCUCCUGUUUAUCAGAUGGGCAACACCGCUCUUCACAUUGCCGCUGCAGCUGGCUAUCAAGCAGUAGUGAAACUGCUAAUGGAGUAUGGAGCUUCCCCGUUAAUCGAAAACGAGGUUUGCCUAAUGAUGUGGCCUUUCUUCGAGAUUACAUCUGCUCUGAGUGCUAAGAGAAAUCUCUUUGCCCCAAGAUUUCCAUCGUUCGCCUCUCCUUCAGAGUUUGUGUCCGUUCUUCGUAUUAUAAAUUGUAAAAUUUUCAAAGUGUCGCUCUAAAACAGCCCGUUAUAAAAAUUUGCAGGUUCUAAAAAAUGAGGACCUUAAGAGUAGAAUUGCAUCUGUAUCCAUAAUACUGGUGAGAAAAGAACUGAUUCAAAUACCUGCAUGAUACCGGUUCUUUAUCAUUUGUCAAAAAGUUCCUUUUCUUUUGCAAAUGUUUAAACUGACGUGUAUUUGAAUUUUUAUAAAAGAGAUACCAGCCAAAUUUCAAGUUGAUAAAGCGGACCAUGAGAAUCCAAGCUCCGUUUUGAGUUCUUUUGUUGUUCUUUUAGUCUGAAGAUGUGGCAAUCUGUAAUGCUGCUAAAGAACGUCAUAUUGAAGUGUUGGAUUUCCUGCUAACUCAAAAGCUUAAUCACGAGAGACUUUUGAGCAACAGAAAGGUAUACGUAAUGUCAACUAUUUAAAUCAUGUAAAGUAAUUUGCAACUGAAUAAAGUUAAAUUCUAACUUACGUUUACACUAACUAGUGCUUGAUUUGUAUUUAUUCUGUUUUUGUUGUUAUUUUUGUUGUACGCAGUUUUUGGUUGACCUUGUCACAUGUUCCCGCACGUGUAAUCAAAGGCCUUUGAUGAACUUUAUCCUAAGGUUAGUAUUAAAAAAACCAACUUAACGUUAAUAACAGAGUGUAACACACGACAGUUCUAAUAACCUAUAAACCUAUGGCCCUUGAAGAUCCUUGAAGUGUCUCGUAAUAUAUCAAACAUGAGAUGCAGUGUUUCAUCACCAGAUGAAACACCGAGAAGAGAGUUGAAAAUACGACGCGCAGCGGAGUAUUUUUGACGAACUUCGAGGUGUUUCAUCUGGUGAUGAAACACUGUGUCGAAUGUUUGAUAUUUCUUCUCAAACAAAAUCAUUUUUGAAGGAGAAAUUAAGGAUGCAAAUACUAAACAGUGUUUCAUCCGAUUUCCAAACACUCAUUAAACAUUAAUUUCCUUUGUAUUUUCUUAAUGAAUUAUUAAUGAGUUUGAGAAGAACUAAUCAAAGACACUUUCUAGAUCGAGUUGGUUUUUGAGGAGAGGGGGAAACCGGAGUACCCGAAAAAAACCUCUCGGAGCAGUAGCUGCACACUUCAACAAACAACAACCACAACAAUUAAUUAAAAGCGAGUGCUCUCGUCACUGAACCACCCGGUCUACCUCCUUGUUUCUAUAAAAACUCUUUCUGCCUACACUCCAUUGUGUGUCACUUUUGCUUUUGAUUCAGUGAGAAACCUCAUAGAGGGUUUUGUGUCUCACAAAAUAAGCUGCUCUCAAAAUUUGAUAGUAUCUUUGAUCGAAUUAAAGCUAAAUAAAUAAGAUUCAGACAGCAAACUUUUAAGCUAUCAAAUAAUUUGAAAAUCAAGGACCAUCCUCCUGUUAUAUCAAGCUAUAAGCUUCAUAAAACAUUAAAGCCAAUAAAAAGAAGAUAUUUGCCAACGUCAGGAAUAUAGAACAAGUAUUACAAGACGCCCAAAAUACCGGUCGUGUCUCUAAGCUCUUGUUUUUGCAAGAACCUCCUGGUGAACAAGCUCGUUUUGAUUACAAGGUUUUUGUGUAACGGAAAUACAGUGAAACCUCUAUUAACCCAUUCGCCCCUGAACCGCCCGUAACCGCCCGUGCGGAUCCAGGUCCUUUCUACCCUUUGUGACGUCAUCAGUUUUAACGGUCAAGGACAACUUUCUUCGCUAACUUGUGCAGAGUGAAGAGAUCUUUCAAACCAUACCAGAAUGAGCACAAUUCAGUCAAGGAAACAAAAACCACGAAAGGACCUGAAAAUCUCCAUGAAAAUCUUGUUCCAUUACCCACCUACCUUUUUCACCUAAUCCUAACAUCCUAACAGCUUUCCUAAAAACUUUCCCACCAAAAUGAAGCCUACUAAAUGCCCAGCAAGACAAAAAAAAAAUGAGGCAAGAAAAGCGAAAAAGAAGGAGGAGAGAAAGCGAAAAGUAAAAGUCAAGACUGCUGUGUCAUUUUAAACCCAACCCUCGAAAUUUUGUUAAACAUCUUUGCAUCUGGAUCAGAAGGCCGCCAAGUGUACGACCUGUAAGCCGGUUUGUGGUACGUUUUACCUCUUUAUAGCACGACAGUGACCAGAAAACCACUCGACUAGCUUCAAAACGCGUUUUCCGGCAAAAUCUCUAGGAGCGAAUGGGUUAAGCGGACACCUCUAUUUAGCGGACACUAAGCCUGGUCCCGAAACGAACAACUGCUAUUUCCCUUUAUAACGAACCCCUAUUCAGCGGACACCUCGUGGCUAAUUUCUCUUGUUAAACAUCUCUAUUAAGCGGACACCGGACUUAACUGACAAUAGUAGUAUUGGAUUACAUCCUUGAAAUACGCACUGAAGUCAGUUAAUGUUUUUGCAUUUACAAACAAAUUAAAGUUGGUAAUGAAGGGUAACGAACUUGAACUCUGGAUAGCUUCUUUAACAACAUGCAACUUUAUAACAGUACAGAGUAACCGUUGAAUGUUGAUCGUUAACAAAUAUUUGCGCAAUUUUUACAACCCUUAUUAAGCGGACGCUUGGGAAGGUCCCGAAGGUUUCACUGUACUUAAUUUAGAGUAGCAGUAGAUCAGGAAGAAAAAAGACUAAGCUCUUCAAAACACAUGCAACAACAGAAAAAUAUAAUUGAUAAUAAGUUAUAACAAACAAGUGUUUCCAGGUUUUCUUGGGCAAAACUAACAUUGAAACGGAAAAAAUAUGCCGGCAUAACUUUGACUAUCAUGUUUUAAAUUAUUUUCAUUCAUUCUCGUUAUGCGAGGGAGAGAGAGGUCGGCCGCUCUUUUUCUGUAACGGCAAGCAAAUAGCUUGCCUCUAAGAUUAAGAACUUCUAGUUUAUACAGACAUUUUCUGUCGUUUCAAGAGAGGUACACGCAGCUGCUGUUGUUUCAAAAAUUGUAGUUUUUAGACUUACUGGGGGAUUCUAUUUGUAUAUAUGUAGUUGCCAGCCUUAUCCACUUAUACUUAUCUAUGCUUAUAAUUUAUUGUAAGUUACACAAUUCCAUAGGUGAGGACCACAAGUUUAUUAGUGUCAGCUUUUUCCACUAUUACGAUCUCAGUAUUACGUGUCACUCUCGUUAAAUAAAGUCUGAUUGAUUGAUUGACUUUUAAUAUUAUAUUGUGUGAUGAAUUGGUUCAAUUCUUUGUGUUUUUGCUUGUUCCCAGUGCUCCCGCUCCAGUACACAUGUCGUCGUUCCUUUCGCGUCAUUACCGCAUCGAGAUUUCCAAAAACAAGGAGCUCGCAACUGACCUGGACAUGGCAAGCAGUUUCUGCGAGUCAAUGGCAAAAGACCUAAUAAGCAUAUCAUGCGUAGAGAAUUCUGGGGCAGUACUUAAUUCAAUUGAUGAAAGAAACGUGGCGUUUCUUGAUUUCCUCAUCGAAUGCGAGCUGAAGCAGUGCGUGUCACACCCAUUGGUCCAGCAGUACGUGUCGCAAAUCUGGUUUGGCGAGCUUAAGUGGGAAGACUGGAAACUAAUGUUAUUGUUUCUUGUUGCACUUCUCUUUCCACCUUUCUGGGUGUAUCUGUCUCUACCGUUCAAGAACAGACAUCGCCAGAUUCCCGUCAUAAGGUUCAUUUGUCGACUUAUUUCACACCUAUAUCUCAUUCUCCUUUUGUGUUUGACCGCAGUGGUUCCUUGGAAAUACUCAGGCACUAUGCUUGCUCCUCAUUGGUACGAUUACUUUCUUUAUAUUUGGAUCAUUGGGAUGCUGCUCGCGGAGAUCACCAGUGAGAAAGAACGAAGCGGACCUGGAUGGUUCCCCAUAAUUGUGAUCUUACUGGUGCUGGUCGCCGAGCUGCUAAGAAUCGUCGCCGUGGGCUUCGACAAGAAUCCCAGACUCGGCAUUGCGUUCGCGAGAAACCAAUUUCUUGGGGCAGCACUUAUGUUAAGCGUACUUCAACUUCUUGAAUUCCUGUCCAUUCAUCGUUUGUUUGGACCAUGGGGCGUCAUCAUUGGUCAUCUUAUUGUGGAUGUUGCCCGGUUUCUUCUAAUAUUUGUGAUUUUCUUCUCCAGCUUUUUGCUGCAGCUACUCGCAGUUCUUAAGGUAAAAUGUUACAUGAAAGUGAACCCUUUUGGGGAAAUUAUAGGGAUCAUUAACUUGACUCAAUCGAUUCAUGCCUCUACAGUCCAUUACUAUCGUCCAGUUUCUUCUGUUAAUCACUGAUUUCGUUUGAAUGGAAAUUUUAAAUUUGUUGUUUAGUAUUUCCAUUUAAACCCAGAGGGGUACUAAGGUGGGGUACAUAAGGAGUUUUAGGGUAAGGAUCUGCCUCUGGACAAACCUGGAACCCUAAGCCUGUACCCCUUAGUUGAACUGACUUUUGCUACCCUAUACUAGACUAAACUCCUAAAAUCCCACCCUAUGCUAGAGUUACUACUUUACAGAAACUACUGAGGUCACCUGCGAAGUCCAGCCAAAACAAAAGCUGAUUGAGUAGCGGGUAAAUCUAAAUUUGCCCAUUUUAUUUUCUGAGUGUCAAUUUCCGGUUUCCCUAGUUUAAACUAAAUCUGCAACCAAUUAAUACGGUUUCCUAAAAAAUUAUACCAUGUUCUAGACCCAAACGCUCUUCUUAUUUCGAUACCUUAUCCCACAAUAAAUAGCGUGCGUAGCAUGGUGGUUUUGCUUGGGCGCGCAAAGUAAUAAAGGUGGGCGAGGGCAGAGAAACCGCCAGGAGAUUGGGGCUUCGCCGCUACAAUUGUCCCUUUCGUAAACGGACGCUGUCUUUCUUAACUGUUAUAUCAAUAACAGAUCACCCUAGUCCUUUCCAUUAUUUUUAACGUAAAUUCAACUUCGGCUUCAACUUCUUAGACUAUUCAAAAACGUAUUAUUUGCCUUAUUGUAACUUAAUCCAGGGAAUAUAAUACAUCCAUCAGGAGUAAAAGCUUGGUUACCGAUGGUGGCAUAGACUGUUAAAAUGGUAGCGACCGUUUACGAAAAGGAAAUAGGCUUCGCCGCUCGUUCGCGUGCGCUUUGCGCGCGUUUUUGCCGCUUUGCCACUCAGUAGUUCUCCCGACAAAACCGCCAUGCUACCCAGGCUACACGAUAAAGUGCUUAAAGACCAUACUUUUCACAGUAGGGCAUGCCUGUAUUUCCCAUAAAGGGCAUUACCUCCUAGGCAAUGAACCAAUCAAUAAAUAAAUCAUUUCUUUUCCGGUCUUUUUUAUUAUUUUUAGCCCCUCGAUGAUCUCGAUGAAGAUGAUAACUCGUACAAAACAGUGAGCACGUCGCCAAGUUUCUUUAAAGUUGGUGAGCUUUUGUUCUUUGGUCUGUUCGGUCUGGCGACUCAAUCGUCCUUUUCUACUAACAGACCAUCACACAUCCGCAUAAUGACAAAGUUUGUGUUUGGCAUGUAUAAUGUCCUAAUUAUCAUUGUUCUCAUCAACCUUCUAAUCGCCAUGAUGAGUGAUACUUACCAGAGACUUCAAGAACAGUCUGACGUCGAGUGGAAGUUUGGACGAGCCAAGCUGAUUAGAAACAUGGAACGUGAAACGUCCAACCCAAUACCCAUCAAUCUCUUCUCUAAGCUGAUACACGUCUUCAAGAUUCUUUACAAAACUCGUUGUCGCUGCCGCAACGUAGAAAUCGCUUCCGAGGAAAGCAACCUUAAUGGUUCGACCAUUCCGAUGCAGCGAAGGCAAAAGAGCAAGAAUCCGACGGUGGAAGAUGGCGUUCUUGGGGAUGCGUCCACAAAGGAAUGGGAUCUAAUCUAUUCAGUAGUCGACUGGUUAACUAUUGCUGAUAAAUACUUGGACAGUAAGGGAGAAAUAGAGCCCAGGAAGAGAGGUAGAGGUCAAAAUCGGCGAGAGCGAAGACGAACGUUAAUGCCGACACCGAUAGCCCAGCGUCAAGGAAAAGAUAAUCGUGGGUUCCAGUAUAGUGAUGUAGCUGAUGCCACUAUCGUGAAAAUGAACGUUGUAAAUUCCCUGAGGGUUUAAACUUUGGCCGUGUUACUAGAACAAAGAAAACGAAAACAAAAAAACAUGCACCCACCGCGACAGAGGUGUGGAAAUCUGAACUCAAUAACAAGGAAUCUCAAAAGAUUUUGCUUCUUUUUUUAUAUAUAGAUUAUUGAUCAUUUGAAACCAUAGUUAUUAGAGGAGACUGGUUAUGAAAAGCGGCAAACGUCAAUGAUAAAAACAACAGUGCUGCAGUUUAUGUUCAAAGCACCGUGAAAGUGCACAAUCCUUUGUUUUCUGUUGGCAAAUUGUUACGGAAUAAAUUAAUGCAACGUU